AUGGCCCACAGAAAUGGUGGGAAAAAUGAGGCCGCAUACAACUCCGAGAUGCAACAGCGUCUUCGAGAAUUUCGCAGACUCAGCGAUCAGUUAACGGAGGUUACGCUGGCUGCAAUGCAUCAGGCUGAAGUCCAGCAGCCGCAUAAGCCUCUCAUUGAAGUGCCAGUCAUGCCCUACCACGAAUGCGGUCUGGAAACUCCCUUGUCUCCAACUGGGUUAUUUGACGCAGGUAAGGAAGCCAGCCCUAACGACCUGCAGCGUCUGGGUCGGUCCCGAAGUCUCGCGGUGGCAUCUCUGGGGUCCAACACGGCUUGCAGAUACUGUUCCACCUAUAACCCCUUUGCAGGCGGUGACAUUUGGAUAAGACCGUCAAAGAACCUCCUCAAGAAGCGAGGCAUCAGCCAGGCAAGAAGCAAUAACGCGGGACACUGGACCACCACCCUAGCGACCUCUGACGGUGUGGACAAGAGGGAUCUCUACUUUAACGAAUGUAUGCCGCCCCUCGACAGUGGUAACCGAAAGCUUCUGCUAAGGAACUAUAAAGCAGCUUCGCCUGACUACAGUCGGAAGAGCAGUUCCUUCGGUAACCUGCCUAAAAUGACCUCCCAACACACGCAGACUAUAUUUUCAAGUCUGGCACGCAAUGAAUCUGCUGUAAUCAAACCCCGUCUUGGAGGCACCUACGGUUCCCUCUACUCAAAACGCCCCGGCCUUAAGUGGCAGCUCUCUUCAAUGAGUAAAGCAAAGCCCUUUAAAAAACCCUGUCUUGAUUACGGUCUAAGGAAGACUCUCUCGGUAACCAACGCAAUCGUUCGAAUGCCAAUUGAGUCCUCUGCUCUACCCUCUAAAACCGACUCCCCCGCCCACACUGAGAGGUUAGGUGUUAGUGUGAUCAGUACAUCGGCCUUAUCGGACGAUAGAACCCAUUCUGAACCCCACCGGCCGCUAAAUGACGUCAUCUGUAACGAGGCCGCACACGCUUCAGAAGCCAGCAGCCUCCUUUCCUGGACUACGGACGCAAACAUCUCCACCGAGAAGUUCCCAGUUCAGCAGUUGCAGAAGCAAGAGCUGGGUGCUACUCGGUCGCUGCAGAGUUCACCGGAGGCGUUUAUUUCCAAAUUUAAUAGACCGGCGCGGAGUGAGCACAUUUAUGAGGGCACGACUGAGGCCAAGGCUGAGAAGGAGGGAGACUUUGCCAGACCAUCCUGCGACAGUUAUGUGCAGGCCGGUUCACAUGUGGAUGAAGUCAAUGAUAGCCAGGAGGUGGCUCCGCCGGCUGGAAAGAGGAAUGCCCUAUUGCAGACAACGGAGGACUUUGGAAAUGAGCUUAAAUCUAACUUCAGUUUCCCCCGCAUACUCUGUGAGGAGGAUCAGACAAAGGAGCCGGGCGAGAACGUUGAGGCGCAAGUGACAGACGAGAACGGAAAUAAACGUUCAACGGAUUACUGGAAGGACCAAUUUAUGACCUUCUUUCAGCCCUCCGAUAAUAAAUUGGCUAAGAAACUGUUCGGCACAAAAAUGGCGCUAAAUAAGGAGAGGUCUCGACAACGGAGCCAGGGCAAAUGGAUAAUUCAUCCUUGCAGCAACUUCAGGUACGGCGUGUUGAAAAUACCCUUAUUUGAAUAUUGAAUAUCUGACUGCAAAUAAGUACUUUCUUUAUGAUACGCUUACGACUGGAUUAUCUAAAAGAUAAAACGACACAUUGAAAAGAACGUGAAACCUUGGAAGUCCGAACAUAUGAAAAUGUCCUUUUUUAAAUCCGAUUGCGCUUGUUAGGCGGAAUUUAAUUCCCUCUGUGUUGGAAAUAAGAAAAUAAAGCCCUGAUUUCUUACAAAUCAGGAUGAACGUCCCCAUGACAAUAGCAAACCCAAGUUAUUCAAGUAAAUCUUAUCGAAUAAAUGAUAUACAGUCAGGUAGUUUGAAUGAUUACUAGGAAUGCACUCGAGAAACGCAGACGUAUUUUCUGACUCGAAAGCAAACACUUUUAGAAUUUUUAUUGUUUUAAGUCACGGCAAUUUGAUUCUAAAGCCAAAAUGCAGAAAAAUCAUCAAGGACACGUCUUGUUCAUAGGUGAUCCACAUGUUUAGAAAUAAAAGUCGACAUUCAAAAGAUACCCAGAUAUGUAUCUCUUAAACUUCAAAUGAUUAAGAAUGAAGCAACCAAAUGAACAACGGUCACAAAUUAAGUGGGAAAUGUUGUCUAUUCGAAAUAUCCCCCUUUCCAAUUUAAGAACCGAAUUUUACCAAUUAAUCCUAAAUAUUCCUGUUUUCAAAUUGUCCAACGGAUUCAGUCCGCAUUGCAUCCAAGCGGGGAAGUUGAAAACGUUUUAUAUUUCUGAUUAGAACAUUGGUAGUUAACUUAAGACAAGGGUUAACGUGAACUUUCAAAUUGCAUGCAAUAUGCUUAAAGUACAACUUGAUUUAGAUGUGGCCUAACUUUCGUUUUAAUUGCUUGAUGUCAUGGACCCCGAAGUUGGGAACUGCUGAGAAUAUAUUUAAACACUUCGUUUCGUUGGUCGGCCAGUUGCGUGAGCGCGUGUGUUUUUUAGUUUGUAUGUUCCGGUUGAAUGAUCUGCCCCGGCGGUACUAAAGCGGAAGGUAAAAAGGCAAAAACGGUUGCCACAGUGGUGAAUAAAACUAUUUUCGCAGUUGGCACAAUGUAUUAGAACGAUUAUGCGUAUUUGCCAGAGACCAGCAUUCGAAAGAAUAGGCUGAAUGGUAACUUGAAUUUUAACUUAUUGAGAAGAUUCCGCGUACACUUUAUCCCAUUAGUCUCUACUUAAUUUGACAAAAUCUUACUUUAAAGUAUUUUCUAUAAUAAUCUGUAUCACAAAUCGCUAUUUAUAAUUAGCAGUUUUAAGGACAUGUGAGAUCGUUGUUUUUAAAGUAGACACCUGAUGAGGCCUUUGCCAGGAAACACUGAAUUAUAGUUUUUUGAUUUUUUCAGAAAUUAACCGCUAACACGGACUUAAUCCGGUUAUACCAAGGUCUAUUGGCGCAGACCAAAGUAUGAUGUAUGUAUAUUUAAGUUAAAUUCCAUCAGCCACAGGACGUAAUCGUAUAAAAUUCAGUAAAUGCCGAUAGGCAGCUAGUAGUACAGUUGUAGUAGCAGCUACUACAAGUAUCAGUAGUAGUAGUAGUAGCAGUAGUAGGGUAAGGAGAUACCAUGCUAACAGCACGGAUACUGGCUAAAAACCCAGACACGCCUGUUUCGCCGAUCUCUGCCAUUUCCUGUCACAUCUGCGAGGGAUUCGGCUUUUUAUUGAUAAACUGGUCUACGCCGAGUUGGCAGUUAAUUUCUGAGGAAACUGUAGGGCAACAGUUUCUAUAUUGGAGUAUCUACCAGACAACAGAGGGGGUAUGUCGGGCGACCCGUUGAAGGGCCGAACCCCAUUGCAGCUGUGCCAUUCGGCGGCAGAAUAUCAGCGAAACCCGCGUGUCUCGGCUUUUAUCUAGGGCCUUUUCUGCUAAUAUGGCAUACCCUAGCGCUAAAUUGAACUGAAUUGAAGUGUAAUCCAAGAAUGUGCAGAAUGCUAGUGUGUUCUGACAGCCUGCUGCAAAUAUAACAGCAACUGACCAGAUGACGAUACAUCAAAGGUGGCAAGUGCAUGGCACACGUCAGGGAAAACGAGAAAAUUGUUAAACAUAAAACCUUAAUUUUUUCUGGUCAUAUUUGUUCUGCAAGAAAAAAACGGCCAAAGUAAAAAAACUCCAGCUUUUUUAGACAAAUAUUGAAAACCAGCGUCCGCGCAAUGGGAAACAUAUACAGGUGUUCGCAAACAACUGGUCUACGACACGACUUGACCGCUAAAUCACUUAAAAUGUGUGACCUGCGUUUUGAAGUGUGCGGCACCCGUUGUUUGCUUUCCAGUCGGUACCAAUGGCGAGCGCUGUCCCUUCUAAGCCUCCAAUUUGCCAUCACUCCCCAGAACGUCUUGUUCUUAAAAUAUGCCGUUUUUUGAUAAAAAGUCCCUUAAACGCCUAUGAAACACAGAGGAACUCUUAUCUUAACUCGGUCGGCUACUUAAAAACAGGCGCAUUCUGACUACAGUGGCUGGUCUUUAUCUUACUAGUGCUCAGAGGAUUACAGUUUUGUUCACUGGCUUUGCAUAAUAGCCUUCUGAAGUACCCUGAAUUUUCAGAGUGCGCCUAGGAUAUCGCCGCCUGACACAAGCCCCUCCAGAAAGUGCCCCUUAAUGACCCUCAGGGAAAACUCAAUGCGCAUGUCUCGUAAUCAGGUUUCGACACUUAGCAAAUUGAAGAGUUGUUGACGUUAGCCGGUUGUUUCAAUGGUUUCUUUUGUUGUCCUUUAUAAACUCAACGGUUAUAACAAUCGCUAAGCCCACUUUAUCCGCUUGUUCUCUCGCCGUCCUCUUGUACUUCAUUCAGAGAAUGUCUAUUUGAAAGUAUUUCGCGACCUCUCAAUCGCACUUAUGUGGGUUUAAUAAAAUUAAUUGGUAGAUGCGACCGGCAGUAAGCUGUUCAACGAAAUCGGCCCUGAAUUCCAAAAUUCAGCGAAUUUAAAAGUCUUCAGCGUAUUUCCUACAUGUCACCGCACUGUUAUAUUAACACUGUUUCACAGUAUUUUGGAAUGCUUUAAUGAGGAUAUUGCUUUAAAAUUUAACUAUUCCUAUAUAUACCUGCGAUAAUGGACGACGGAAACGCGGUAGAUUGGUACAGUACUGUUUCGAGCUAAUUUUGCCUCUAGUCAGCUAAGCAAAACCCUGCGCUCGUACACGGCGCAGAUAGUUCACAAACAGGGUUUAGCGGAUGUGCCAUAAGCACUUCAUUAAACCGAAGUUCAUCUGUGCCUCACUACCUGUCGUUCUCUGUCGCUGCAGAUCGGGUAUUUAUUCAAUCAGGAAUGGAUGCACACUGAUCUGUUUGUACAUUUCUGUUAUGAUGAAGUGACACUCAUUGAUCAGAUCACGGGACAUGCUUGUCUGGCUGUGUCUUGUGGCUCAAUCUCAGACCCUCGCAGACAGUCGCAUAACGACUAGUAAAAUGUGUAUAUGAUGGUAUAUCGACAAGGACAAGUGAGACCAGAAUGGCCACCUACGGAUUAUUAGCCGUCGUCAGUCAGUUACACCUAAUUCCAAGUGUAAACUGCGUGAGAUUCGAGCCCAGAAUCUUUGGUCACCACGGGACGGGCAUGUCUCGUAACCUAAUCAGCGAGCACCACUUCAUUAUAAUUAAUAUUUCUGAUCACAACCGACAGGACAACGAACCCGUGGCUCAUCGGUAGAGCGUUCGUCUCAAUGGCAAGAUAUCUCAGGUUCGAAUUCAAAGUGGUUCGCACUUGGGAUUGGGUACGACUGACUUAUGAGGGCUAAUAAACCAGAAGUGGCCAUUCCGGUGUCUUUUAUUUCUGUCAGUAGUCCAUCACAUAUAUACAUGUAAAUGUUUCCACUUUGUUUAUCGAUCGGUUUACGGGAUAUGCCCGGGCUAUUGUCUUCUGAGGCUUAAUUCAAAGCCCAGAAAGACCCGGAAGAGGUGCUGAAAGAAUAGAAUAACGAGUCUAAAACUUGGCAGUUAGGAUGUUAGAUUUCUUAUCUAUAGGUCAAAAGACAGCAUCAGGGAUUGCUGGGUUAUCUUAAGGAACUUGUAUUCUAAUCGUAUGGAUGAUUAUGAUAGAGUAGUGACAUUGAUAAUCAUGCAACGUAAUUUCACAAUAUUUCAGCCACGCCAAGAUGCCGGCUUUUGAAUGAGCUAAAUUUCAGACAAGAUGGCCUUGCUAAUGUUUAAUAAUUAAAAUAAUGCGUGCUCAAGCCGCAGUUGCCUCCUAAUCGGAGGUCUACUAAGGCCGGUUGACGACAGCUAAUAAGUCGGAAAUGACCAUCCCAGCCCCCGGAGUCUUUGUCGGUUAUCACCCCUGAAUAUAAAACCAGUAACUGCGCGAAAGACUGCGGGCUUUUUCUUGGCCCCUAAAGCAUAAUCGGACGAGUAGACCCCCUAACCCGAUCAAUGAAUGCCUUUCAGUAUAUAUUCCAGAACUGCUUUUGAGACUGGUUAGCUGGUAGGUUGACGUAUGGGGAAUCAUCUGAAACCAUGUCUUGUCCACCUAGUCCGUUUCUAAAUUUCGGAUAUUGACGCAGUUUUUUGGCGUUCAAAUUUCUUCUGCUAACCAUAUCCUAUACUUUUUCGCGCACCCCAGGUUCUACUGGGAUCUCAUGAUGCUCCUUCUACUGAUUGCAAAUCUCAUUAUUCUCCCAGUCUUCAUAUCAUUCUUUAUGGAAGACAUUGGAUUGGAGACCAUCUGCUUCAAUUGCGUUUCGGACACGAUUUUCCUUCUUGAUAUUAUUGUAAACUUCAGAACAGGUGAAUGUUUUGUUUAAAGCUGCCGUUUAAGACCCAGUCCUAUAUGAAUAUUGCCAGACGAUAAUGUUACUUCAGCAACCUAUGGUAACAAUUAAUUUAGAGUAACGAAUUAUUGAAGACAACCUCAUAACUGCAUAUCUUUAGAUUAUGCCCAACGCUGGGCUAAUAUUUCAUUUUUUUUUACUUAUACACCUAUGUACGCCUAAAGACUAACGGAUUUUUAAUUAUUUGAAUGUGCACUUUUGCAAAAAGUUUACAGCAAAGCAAUUAUCUGAGAGUUUCGGGUUUGCCUAUGGUGUUAGGCUAUGGUAAACCUCACUAAAUGCCCUCUCUGUCUUCGAAAACAUCCUCGUUUACGUGAGGAUCAUUUGGUGGUAUUAAGAGGUGUGCCUUGUUACGGUAUUUCAAAAACAACACUUACUGUAAAACGACUCACAUUUUCUUCUUGAGUCUCGUGAAACAAUCCGACUCCGCCUCUCGUCAGAGCAUUUUAGCUAUGCUCGUCUCGUCGAAGUUGGCACUGAAGAUGACUACCGGCGAUCAGGACGACUGAUUUAUAUUUCCCGUGUACAUUACGAGGAAAUUUUAUUGCAUUUGCGUAAUUACUGUUAAUGCACUGGAGUAAUUUGCCGGCUGCGGCGUCGUUUUAAACGUCAGCAAAUGGCCCACUCAAAUCGAGGCAAAAGCUUCACGUUAAAGAGUGAUCAAUACGCUCGCAGAAUAACUGCCCUCAAAUUAUGGUUGACAGACCCAUUUAAAAUAAUGCAAGUAUCGUGGAGGCGAAGGAGUAAAAUAUGAAGUUUUGCACUGAUCUACAGUUGUUAUGAUCACGAUACCUACUUUCUGGACCGGAAUUUUGUUUAAAGCUUUAAACCAGUUACAGACUUCAUUAUUUUGAAAGACGUGUCCCGGCGCAGUAGUAUCAGCAUUAUUGGUCUUUUACCCGUCCGUGACUGAUGUUUUUUUAAUACCACUAAAGGUAUAAUUGCAAAUAAGUUUGCGGACGAGAUUAUACUCAAUCCACGGCAAAUUGCGCGGCACUACGUCCGAACAUGGUUCGUUCUGGAUUUCCUUAGCUCCGUUCCUUUGGACUAUAUUUUCCUCUCACUGAGCGACGAACAAACGAGGGCUCAUUAUCUUGGAGCAGGUAUGCCGAGUUGUUUCUUUUGCUUAUGCAGACUGCUCCCAGGUGAACUGUUAACAUUUACCUUUUGCAAGAAUGAUGCAUUCUUCAACGACCUUUUGAUUAAACAGACGUUUGAUUGGUUUCACAAAUAUAAGGACUGGUCUUGACACUUGCAUGUGGGGAUAGACGCAAAUUGUCAGAAAAUAAAAAAACACAAAUGCAAAAUGGGCAGUCUGCAAACUGGAGUGUCUUUGGAAAACUAAUAAGAGGGGCAGGCGUUUAUUACCAACGCAAACAUUGUUUAAUUUUGUUGUAGUUUCCCACUUUUAAAAGUUAUUUUUACCUAAUUGCUCAUUGAAUGAAGCAGAAUACAAACGUCAGCAGAUAUGAAAAUGAAAUUUUUAAAAUCUUUCACUGUGAAAGGCCAAGUUUUUUUCUUAAACAUUAGCAGUUUGAUCGUGGAUAGAUGCAGGAAUAAGUGAGCUAGAAUAAAAACACAUUUUUAUGCAUUUUUCCCAAUGGAACCAAAAGCUGGUCGUGCUAUGACCUAUACUCAUCCUUUAUGGCUCGAGGCUUGAGUUACGAACUUAAAUAGCGGUCUAGGGCGACUAUGGAGAGUAGAAUGGCCAAUUUAAGGCGCAACACACGACAAAAUGCAAUGUAGGUAUUCUUGCGCUAAAACCUUGAAAGAGGACAUAUUUCCUAAUUUAGCCCUAAUCUCAAUCUUGACCGCAGUUCCACGUUGGACCCUAACCGUAAAUUAAACCUUAAACUUAACCCUAACUUUAACUUAAGACCCCGGUCCACUAAUCUCAGUCAGUCAGCCAUAGUCGGCCAGAAUUGAGAUAACCUGAACUUUGGACCUGGUAUUUGUGGCUGUGUCCGUACGGACUAGUGUCCUCUUAUUGGACCACACAUCCGUGAUCUUGACGGUGGGAAAAGUGACAUGGUAUAUCAUUGAUGAACUUAUAUCUAAAUAGUCACAUAUGCAGAGAGCAAUUGCCGAUAAAGGCAUGAGAGGCUGGAAUUACCACUUGCGACUUACUGUUAGUCUUCAGGCAGCUAUGCCCAACCCUUCGGCUUUUUUGACUCAUGAGCUUCAUUCCGCGGUCUCUUAGCUAGAAGUCCAAUUUCUUAAUUACUAAGCCAUAGGCUCGUUGUCUCGUCGAGUACGAUCGGUUAUAUUAACUGUUGUAGAGUAUCAUUCUAGUCUCCCAUGUCUUUGUCAUCAAACAUUUUCUGCGUGUUAUACUAGUCACUGAGCGAUUGUGUACGGAAGUCUGGAUUAAGUCUCUAAGCGUGACGAAACGUGUAGGCUCCACACUGUGAUCACAAGGCUGUAUGAAUAUGCUUUUAGAUUUCGGCGACGGUAGGGCGUAGGACCCCAAGUAACUUGAGGUAGCAUGUGGACCGUUUUUAUGCGAGAGAAACAUAGGGUCCUUAACCGAACAGUUACCUUAAAUUCCCUAUUGAAUGCAAGCCUGCUAACGCAGUUAAUUCGAAUUCCACUUAUUUUUGAAAACUGAUUUUUGUUUUUAAUUUUCGGGCUCACUAUCGUUGCCACAUGACAGCGUAAGAUGAUAAAAUCGGCGGAAAUUAAGUUAUUCUUCUGUUUUGUCUUGCAUUUCGUCUGUUCUUCGUCCUGCGUUUUGUCCCACCAGAGUUCCCGUAUGACACGGUCCACGGGUUACAUAAUGUCGGGGUCCUACACCCUACGGUUGCUUAAAAACUUAAGUGCCUUUGGACACAAAACCAAGGAUGACUCUUUCUCACACCCUGCCUGCAAAACAGACCCAUCCAAAGGCCGUUUUGUCCGAUAUAAAUAGGGACUGGAUAAGUAUUCAACCUAGUUUCAAAUUAAUAAUUAUUGCUUCCGAAUAAACAUCAUGUGGCAGAAACCGAGAUCGUGUUAUUAAUUAAGUACGCAUACCUGCAAAUGUGGCUUACUAUGUUUCCUACUUAUUCAGGUUCUGUGUGUUAAUUAGCCUGAUAAGGUGCCUAAAAGUUCAUUCGCUGGAAGCCGAGGCGAGAUAACCUGGCGCAAAAAAUUCUUUUACCUAACUGACUCUGCGCGUCACGAAAAAGUGUGGAUAAAUUAAACUCCAAGAUUUGCGCUCGAAGGAAAUACUAUUUGUCCGCAAGUAGCAGGAAAGAUAUUUGUGAGAGAACAAUCGUUCCCCGGUAUUUUAAUCUGACUGCCAGCUGUCAGCCAGGGCGCGUUCAAUCGUUGUAGAAUAUGGUAAUCUCCAACAUGUUGACACGGUAUUUUAUAAUGUUCAUUCACUGGUCUGUACAAAUUCGGUCUUUCUGUGUCAGGAAAAUACACCGUUGUAUUUUCAAAACAGACAAUAAGUGGCUAAUUUUAUAUUUUUCAUUUCGGUAGAAGCAUAUUUUUAAUAUUCUAUAAAUAGAGAAAUGCACAGGAGCUCUCCAUUUGUUGCUGAUUAUAAAUAAAUUAAGCAGAAGUUUUAAAUGCAUUAUUUUGAAAAUAAAGAACUGGUUUUAUUUUGAAGUUAAAAGUACUCAGUCCCGAAAUUAUAUAGUUGUAAUUUUUUUAAAAACAAAAGUGGUUUAUAUCCGAAAUCGUGCUCUAAUUCUCACUUAUUUAUGUGAAAUACUUACGUGGUUCCGUGACGUUUGCAAUGUUCGAAGACACCGUGCCGACUAACCUCAAUACCCAAGGCAAAUAUACCUACUGUCCAAAACAGAAAACCUUCUGGCAUGGAGUGCCAAGUUGGUCGGAUAGAAAACGAUUUUUAGCAAGUGUUGUUGAAAAUUGCUAUGCGUGGUCGCUUGGUCGCGCUGCAUUCACUUUCCGAUGCUAUCGCCACCCUGAAUACCUUCUCUGCGUUUUUUCGGCCUUAUCUUUAGCAUUUGUCUUACGUGGCAUGUCGCGGAACAAAUUAGGUCUACAAAAAGAAUUUGUUUUGGCGAGACUGCAUAAAUGCCCAUGCUUUCCGUAUUUAGCAGCAAAAUACUUUAGAUUUUUUCAGGGCUAAAUGGGUCGCCAGCGCGCUUUUUCAUGUUAUGGCGCCACUUAAAUGCUGGCAUAAAUGGUUGGUUGCGGAUAUGUGCUCGAAACCACAGAAGAUACCGAUUAAUUUUACGACCCGGGGAAUGCUCCGCGGACUCUCACUUAAGCCACGUUGUUGGAAGUCAUAAAACAUUGUUAUAUUAAUAUUCAUAAACGUUAAGCUUUUAUUUCGCUGAGUUUGGUCGGAGAUGGAAAACGGUUUUCUGCAUGUCCCUGUGAAAUUGCGUGUCGUCGUAAUUGGGAAAGGAGGCGGAAAAUUACAGUCAUUAACCGAGUGCAUUACGUUUUAACGAAAUAUCUGACAUUUGUUUUCGGCUAGAGAGGAUUUACGAAAUAUCUGACAUUUGUUCUCGAAUAGAGAGAACUAAUUAUGUGUUGGUGAUUUAGUCAAUAUUGUGCGACGAUGUUAGCCUUUAAAUGAACUCCAUUUCGGCCGUCCUCAAAAACCACAGCAUCUGAAAAUUGAAUGUUGAAAUAGUUUGCAUUUUUUCUGCCGACUUUUUUUCGCUUAUAUAUUUAAAUAUAUUUCACAAAAAACACAAAUAUAUUUCCUUUUGCACUCAUUUUAUGGAAAGGUUUUCAUUUUUAUAAUAUAUCUAUGAAGAUAAGUGGUAGAGGGUCAUUUCACCGAUUCCAUAGUGCCAUAAGGCUCUCUCUCUAACUCAGACAGCAGCCGCGCAUCGGCGCGUAAUAUAGGCGGAAUAUCAUUGCCGGAAAAAAUAAGGGAGACUGGAAUGGCCACAAUUCGUCUCAUUAGCCGUUGUCAGCCAAUCAUACCGAACCCCAAAGUGUGGAGCACCUGCUGCUCAAUAAGUAAUCUUUCGGAUUUUGAUUAAUUUCAUAUUGAUCCUACUGCGAAAGACGGCGUCUCGGUGGGAUUAGAACCCACGACUGCAAGAGAAAGGCUUUAGUACGGUCAAAACUGUAAGCCUUGAGAAAGGUUUCCCCUGUUCGGUCAAUAUGAAUUAUUCAAACUCCGCCGAUGCAGUUAAAUACAUUUACCUUUGUCAAAUUAUUUUGAAUACCAGCUGCCCUUGAAUUUGUUUUUAGGCUUUCAGUCUACAUUCUGCAUGCAUUUUGUUUUAAAAAAACCACACAUUGCUCUAUACAAUUAAAAACACAACCUGCUAAUCAAAAAUGUUUGCAUAUUCUAUCAGGAGCAUUAGUACACGGAUUAACAUGAUACAAUUUAGGUAGAAAGUUCAUAGGUAGAAUGGAAUUACCGACAAAGACAAGGGAGACUGGAAUGGCCAUUUCUGGCUUAUUAGCCGUCGUCAGCCAGCCAUACCCAAGCCCGAAGUGUGGAACACCCGAGCCUCGAACUCGCGACCUGUUGGUUUAGAAGUCCACGCCCCUAUCCACCGGGCCACGAGCCCGUUGCCCUGUCGGUUUUCGAUCGGGAAUAUACAAUGUUAGGGGGCGCUCACCGAUCGUUCAUACGGAACUCACUCGUUCCGUUGUGCCUUAAGGGCUCCCUCUCGAGCCCACCCAGCUGCCGCACAGCGGCGCAUGAUAUAUAGGCAGAAUGGCAUUACCCAAUCGAAAAACCGACAGGGCAACGGGCUCGUGGCCCGGUGGAUAGAGGCGUGAACUUCUAAACCAACAUGUCGCGAGUUCAAGGCUCGGGUGUUCCACACUUCGCGCUUGGGUAUGGCAGGCUGACGACGGCUAAUAAGCCAGAAAUGGCCAUUCCAGUCUCCCUUGUCUUUGUCGGUAAUGCCAUUCUGCCUAUUUAUCAUGUGUCGCUGUGCGGCUGCUGGUUGGGUUCGAGAGAGAGCCCUUAAGGCACAACGGAAUGAGUGAGUUCCGUAUGAACGAUCGGUGAGCGCCACCUAGAAAGUUCAUAGUUGGAAACUUUUUUAAAAUCAAAAAACGCACUUUUUGUGGUAUAAUAGUUCGAUGAAGACAUGAUUUUCAACUCAAUGAGCGCAGGAGAGAUAUUUUGUUCUUAUCUUCUGUGAAAUAUGUUUAUUAACGGGUCGAAAAUAUAUAAAAAUUCGUACUGCUUAAGAAAACCAUCUUUUCUGAGGGAAGCUUUUACUGGGAGCCGAAAGGGAAAGCAUUCAAAAGCCUGCCUGGAAUGUCUUGAAAACCUGCCUAGCAAUGAUAAAUACCUUUCACAUACUUUAGCUAUUCUUUCCUAACCCAAAACUGAUUUCGGCAAACAUUUAAUGAUGUCCGUCACUGGCCACAAAUCAAAAAGUAUUCAACGUUUGCUUAAUAUCUGGGAACUUUGAUACCUCCGCGUAAAAAUCGGCUCGUACGAGGAAAAAAAGGAAUGGCGAGUAAAUGCAACGAUUUAAUGUUUCAUAGUUCAGCUUUAAUACGUGGUAUCGGCCGACCUUCGGGUUGGCCUCAGAAAACUGGAAAUGAGACCUACAAUCUCCACACAAAUGAUGUUUUAUGAGAAGAUUUUUGUCAAUAGGUUAGUUUUCAGAUCGGUUUGUUUUGUGGUGUUUAUACCUUGACCGUAGGUGAAUGUCCGAUAGCUAGGUUUCGAUCUCUAUUAGAUUUGCACGACAUUUUUCACCCGAUGUCCGUGAUCAAACACUUACCUGUCACUUUUUGUGACUUUGUCAAAAUAUUUUUUCCCUCACUGUACCCCGUCCCAUAUAACUGUACUGGCCUGCCGAGAAGUUAUCGAAAGCAACGUUCGUUCGCCACCACUUCUUCUGAGAGUAUUUUUUACUUUUGCCGUUCUGCCCUCAAAAAUCGAAAAAUAUUUCUGUUGGCUUUUGUGAUUUUUCCAUGUGACCCGUAAAAUAAUACUGACAUUCGCUUUCUGUCAAAGUCUAAACUCCCGACAGACAUUUUCACAAGAAACUUUACCUUUGUCGCGUCAUCAAACGAUGUUGGAAGGUUAAACAUACAGGCCACUUUUGCUCAACUUUCACAACAAUAAGCGCAGAAGUGAGGUAGAUGAAUUAGAUUUUACAAGUCAGUUGAAUAUGAGCCUUUGCAUUUCAUCGUCAGGCAGGCCUAAAUAAUCAUUUAUGCUGAACAGUGUUUGGUACCAAAACACAGUAAGGUUUUACUUCAUUCUGCUAGUGAAGCAUUCUAAAUCCUCUUCACGAUAUAGAGUGUGGGUGGGCGUCAGUGAGCCAUUUGACCAUUCUUUCAGAUCUCCCUAGCCACCAUGAUUUGAACAUAAUCGUAUGCCGACCGACAAUCAUGCUUUGAAGGAGUCCAUUGAAAGUAUCUGUCAUUUUUGACUAGAUUUUUGUUGGUUGCCAAUUCUUUUGCAAACGUCCUACUGGCCAGUAAUUUAGCAUACUCAAAUAAAUGCACAGCUUGCUUUCAUCUGGCAGAAGACGCAAAAGUGGCUUCUUUGGAGGCCACUGAUUGACCACUAACGACGACUAACAGAGGGCCGGGUUCCAAAGAACAAUCAAUAAAAUGGAAGCGAUUAUGCGAAUCCCAGGUUCUUGUUGUAAAGAAGAUGAACAAACUGCGUAUUUGAUACCGCAUUCUCACAGUCUCUGACGAAGGCCUCCUGUACGAGGCCGAAAGCUCACCUGCUAUUCCAGAGGUCGUUUUUUCCUCUUUACAAUUAAUAAAAUGCAAAAAAGGAGGACUGAUUUUCUCCUGGGCGUACAGUCUGCCUGUUUCGAUUCAGAACAGACUGAUGCACUAUAUGCAAUUUAAGGGGAUGAUACUCGUCACCAGCAGAUUACCAAGCACAUUAUCUGUCUGCAUUUUCUGGUAGAUACUCCAAUCUAGAAAUUGUCGCUUUUUAGUUUCCUCAGAAAUUAUCUACGAAGUUGGAGUAGAUCAGUUUAUUCAAGGUCUAUGGGCACAGACCGAGAAUUUUUACAUGAAUAUUUAGGUCAAAGUUCAUCAGCCACCGCGGGUAACCGCGAAAUAUUCAUUAACUGCAGACAGGCAGCUAGUAGUAUACUUUAGGAUCAGUUGAUACCAUACUAACAGCACAGGUACUAGCUGGAAGGAAAUAUGAGGGCGUUCUUUACGGCAAAAUGAUUGAAGAAUAAUAUUUUGCGCGUGCCUUCAACAAUACAUUUUUGGACCUAUUAAAGUCCGAAGAUCAAUGGGAAAAUCAUGCAUUCUUAGUAGAUAUUUCUCAAGAAGUCUGACUUUUGAUGACGACUUGGCGUGAUUAGGAUAACUUGAAAUUUCGUCCCGGAUAAUCCGCACUAGAACAUCACAUAAAUGGUUAUUUUUAGCCUAGAUACCAUCUCGGACUUUAAGUUAAUGUUUUUUGAGAUACAUUAUUUAACGUCGAUACCAAAAUUCAAGUUACCAUGUUGUCCUUAAUACCUACUGUAACGCCAUGUUUAACCUAUUUGGUGGGCCGACGGUUUGCAAAUCCACAUUUCAGCCGUUUUCGGAUUGUGAGAAUGUCUCACCUGCUGAGUAUAUUUGAAUGCGCCUGCAUAGCAUCCAUUCCCACACACCGAUAGAGCCCCUGGAAGUAGCUGGAAGGCACAAUUUUAUGCGCCAACUACCGACAGCAAUGACGGCGAACCAGUGGCUUGACGACAAAAAGCUUCUAACUACUCAAUGUGGAUUAAAAGUCACUUCAGUCAAACGUUAUUUCUGACGAAACAUUGUAAAACUAAGUCGCCAUUAGGGCGAAUGACGAGAAAGUCAGUGAGAAGAGGUCAAAGAGUGCUACUUGACAGGAUAACCGAGAUGAUGGAGGGAAAGGAGGAGGAGAAGGAGGAUAGGGAGGAGGUGAUGAGAAGAAGGAGGCAGAAGAAGAGGUUUGCUAAAGUUCAUCCCGUAAGGAGGUCGCUUGUUCGUCUUCAGGAGAAGCGGAUGCUAACUGAGUGAGACCGUUAACAGAACCUCAUUUUCCGGCCACCGCUUAUCGCACUAAACUCGUUCUGCAUGCGAAUCCAUCAGUUUUCAAAUCCCACAGCACUUUUUUGAGAGCCUAUGGGCCGGCUCGCAGAGGGUAUCUCUACAACGUUUCUGCCUAAUUACAGUAGAUGUGCUAACUCAUGAAAUGUCGACCAAAACUUCGAAAUGCGUUCUCGUUUCGAAAAGACAAAUUAAGUUGUGUCGUAAAAUUAAUCAUGAUGCAGCAUUAAUCUAUAAUAAUCCAGUUACCACGGGGUGUCUGCUUUCGCAAGAACUUAUUUUCGGCUGCAUGCAAGAUCAAUACUCUGCAAAAAUGACUACUUAAGUAGCAUGCAAUUUUCUCAUUGAUUUUCGAUGCCCUUAAAACUUCAAUUAUAUUUCAUGGAAAACAUGCAUAAAAAUAUUCAGUAUUUCACUUAUUCGGAAGAAACUAACGUCUUCUUUCAAUUUUAUACCCAAAAGAAGAGUAUAAUUUGGCCUUUACAGAGUUUCCAUUUGUGAUAUUUUUUAAUAACGUUAAAUGGCCGUUUAUUAAACGUCAUGUAUCUGCAUUUACGAAAGUGGCUUGUAAAGUUAACAAUAUUGCUCAAAUACACUGCUUAAUUUUAUGAAUCUUCUAUGUUUUCCUCUUAACACCGUAGAGAAAUGUAUGGUUUUCCGUACACGGAAAAUAUACAGUUUGUAGUUUUGAAACCCUGAAUGCAAGUUUAACAGCAGGUCGGGUUCAAAAUUAUUCGGGAAUGAGAAAAGUUUUUUAAAACCGAAUUAUACUCUUGCAUGCAGCCGAAAAUAAGUUCUUUCGAAGGCCGAUGCCCUGAGGUAACUGGAUCAUUAUAGCUUUAUGCUCCAUGAUGAUUAUUCUUACAACACUACUUGAUUUAUCUUUUCCAGACGAGAACGCAUUUCGAAAUUUUGGUUGACAUUUCAUGAGUUAGCACAUCUACUAUAUUUAACUGUCCGUGUUGACGGUUUAACCAUCGAUUCCGACGAUGUUCACCGUGCUUCCAACAGCAGGGUGAGAAUGAGGGCUGUGACUUUCGCAUAAAUUGUUUUAAAAUGAGGAUGGACUUGCGCAGUAACUAUCGCACUCCCUUCUCCCCCUCCACUUGCAUCGUUUGUGAAGAGAGAGCGAAGAAGACCGGAUGCGGGAGAUGACAUGGGUGUUUGUACGGCGUAAACCGCACCUAGGCGUACUACCAUACCUGGUUCACAAAGUACUCUGAACAGAGUUGUGCACGUGGAUAAGACUGAUAGACCUGUUUAGUCAUCCCUAUAAGAGGUUUAGCUGACCUUCGUGCCAGCAGAUUCUUUGGUGAAAGCGAUAGAUUCAUUGAAUUCACUGCGUUCUGGCCUCUUUACCGGCUUCUCGACGCGCGGUCAAGAUAAGAGCAGUGCGAUCCCCAACCAGGGUAGGGAUGUACUAGUUAACUCUUUUAACUCGCGGUAAUCUCGACUAUGUCAAAUCUACUUUCAAGUUAUGCUACUUCCUACUGCCGGUUUGUUUACAAGCUCAUUCUCGAUGCCUGUAUCUCCUAAGAUCGAUUAAGGUGUCUGAGGUUAUGCAAACCGGUUCAUGCAAAAAUACCCCAAACCACAUGGUCACAUGGACCGUUUAAUAAUAGCAUAGGAGGCUCUCGUUUACUUUAGCUUUUGUGCAACUGCAAAUGAAAUAUCUCCCACGAUUAAGUGCGCAGUUAACCUUUGGAUUGGCGCUUCCAGUCGUGCGGGAGAAAUGGAACAUAGUGAUUUUGAAUAAACUGGCCUUGGUUGCAAAAACUCGGAACUAUCCAGAUAGUCCGAACAAACUUUUCGUUGGAGAAGGUGUGUUCCUUUUAAAAUUAGGAGAACCGCCUUUUGGAUUUUAGCCUAAUCUGCUAAACUGGGGAACUGACUUUUGGUAAAACCGAGAAAACUGGCGACAUGUCUUGGAAAAACUCGGCUUUCGCUUCUCCUAGACUUUCAAGUAUUCGGUGGUUUGUUUACUUUGUUGGGACGAUAACAAGCAGUGCACAUUUAUAGGCCUGACGUAACACUUUACCCUACAAGCGAUCGCAACCCUUCAUACGAUUACUAUCCUAAGAUGUCUAAUUUAACUGCAUAACACAUUGCUGACCUUUAAGGUGAAUGUCCGACUUCAGUAUCGUUUUCUCCCCGUGUAAACACACGCUAACGAGGAUACACAUUUAUAACCUAAUGACACAAGUUUGCUCCCUUAAAAGUACAACCUGCAUUUGGCUGAAAACUGGGACUUAGAAAGCAUCAGAGUUAUUUUCUGAAGAGCACGCACUGCCGAAAUGAAGUAGCAUAUACCUUGCGUAGUCCCAUGAAUACGUCAACUGACCGCGAGCACUCAACUUUAGGCAGAUAAAAAAGCAGAUAUGAAUUCUAAGUGUCAUUUCGCUUGGUCGCACCGACCAGUAAUUGCAAACUAUAUUUCUGAAAAUUUAAGAAUACUUCAAUCAACCAACUGGAGCAAGAUAUAGCUAAAUCUUGGGUCCCUGGGCAUUAUACAGUGGUCAGAUGGCUAGGUUUUAUUAGAUAAACCUCUGAAACUCUCGUUGCUUCAAAUUAAUUCUUCGUAUUCUGGCAACUACGGGCAUAUAUAUGGAUAUAGGCGAAAAUGAUGAGGACAUGUCAGGCGCCAUUUACCCCGUCAAUUGCCUAGACUGUCAGGAUAACUACUGCGGCAUGACAAAAAACGACUUAAAAAGCGCAUGCAUGAGCACACUUUAGCCGUCAAGCGGAAACACGCUCGCUCACACGUUGCCAUGCACAGUCUGGAAAAUGACCAUCGGUUUGACUUUGGCCGUCCCUCAGUGCUCUGCCUGGCGGAAAACAGACUGGCGCGAAAAAUAAUCGAGGCCCGGCAAACAGGUGCCAACUCGAUCAACCGCAGCGUCGACCUACCGGCACCAUACGAGGCCGCCAAACACAACUUAGGCAUCAGGGGAGGCCCGAUGAGGAUAGCAAUUGAUGGCCCUACCAGGGGCGAGCGUGAGGGACCUAUUAGAACCGUGCAGUUCUCAUAUUUCCUAUCGCCGAUGAUGCGCUGGAGUAUGAGAGUGAAACGUCAGAUGAAUAAUUCAUCAUCCCCAGAGCUCGCCCUACCAUCUUCUUCAAUAUACAUAUGCAUAUAUUGGCAUUUAUCAGGGGGUAUUUAGGAACGGAAACAGCAUCGAUUAUUUCCUGUUUUGUCCCGAGUACCGGGGUUUAAUAUUGCUUUUACGUUUGCAUAAGUCGUGACCCUGACCUCGGAAAUCUCGCAACCCGAAACGACAACGUUGGGGAUAGACUGUUGACCGCGUGCUGACGACUGUAUUUGCGAAACCUGGUUAAGUACUGAUGACUGGAUUUUGGACCCAAGAUCGGAGAAGCAAAAAACGGCGAGUAAUUGAGCAUGAAUUGAGGAUAACUGAAAUGUCUGAGAGGGGAUAUGUUCAGCUGUUCGACUGGCGAGCGGUCUUUAAAGAUAAAACGCUAUGAAGUAUUUAGCUAGAUACCGUACAAACCUGCGUUCAUCAUUUUACUCGAAAGUGUCGUUUUUGACAAUGGCCAUUUUCUGUGCUCUCCUGCAGUCCGGGGUGCUGCCCUACCCGUAAACCCACACCCCACUACCACCAUUCCAGUAUGACAAGACUCACAGUAUACUGACAGCUAACUGGGGUCGUUCACCCUACAGCUGUACGUGAAACGAACAUAUGUCUUUGGUUGACGCAUUAUGAUAGCAUUAACAGUAAAAGAAUACGAUAAAGGGGAUAACACCAUACAGCAGGUGGGCUAACUCAUGAAAUGUCGACAAAAAUUUGAAAUACGUUCUCGUUUAAAAAAAGAUUAAUUAAGUAUGCUUGUUAACGUAAUCAACGUCCAGCAUAAUUCUAUAAUGACCCAGUUACCGCAAGGUGCCAGCAUUCUAACGAGCGUAUUUCCGACUGCAUUCAAGAACUAUACUCUGCAAAAGGAAUACUUAAGUAGCAUGCAAUUUUUUAAUUGAUUUUUGAUACCAUUAAAUAUUCAAUUAUAUUUUAUGGAAAACAUGCACAAAAAAUAUAUAUCUUUUACCUGUUCGGUAGAAAAUUACGUCUCCUUUCAAUUUCAUACUCGAGAGUGGAGUAAAAUUCGGUUUCAAAAAAGAUUCUACUUGUGAGAUUUUUUGUUACCGUGAAAUGGCCGUUCAUAAAACGUCAUGUAUAUGCAUUUACCAGUGGGGCUUUUAAAGUUACCAAUACUGCCCAAAAUCACUGCUUACUUUUAUGAACCCAAUAUGGUCUUUUCUUAACACCGUAGAGACAUAUGUAGUUUACCGUACACGGAAAAUACACGGCUUAUAGUUUUGAAACCCUAAAUGCAAUUAUAAAAGUAGGUCGGGUUAAAACUUAUUUGAGAAUUAGAGAAGUCCUUUAAAGCCGAAUUUUUCUCUUUCUUUAAGUAUAAAAUUGAAAAAGGACGUGAUUUUCUGCCGAAUAAGUAAAAAAAUGUAUGCAUGUUUUCCAUGAAAUAUGAUUGAACUUCUAAUGAGCUCGAAAAUCAAUGAGAAAAUUGCAUUUUAUUUACGUAGUCAUUUUCUGAAGAGUGCAGUUCUUGCAUGAAAUCGAAAAUAAGUUCAUUCAAAGGCCAACACCCUGCGGUAACUGAACUACUGUAGAAUUACGGUGCAAGAUGAUUAGUUUUAUAGCCAUACUUAAUUAAUCUUUUCGAACCAAGAACGCAAUUCGAAAUUUCUGCGCACAUUUCAUGAGUUAGUCCACCUACUAUGUAUUCCGCGAUUUAAUCGACCUCCCCGCAUCGUGAACAGCUUGUGCUAAAAAUAGCAUCGUUGCACUUUGCACGGCCAGUGAUACGGUGCAUCAACUGUAAAACUAUGUCCUUUACUACACAGAGUGCAUUUAGCUGAAUUUCAUAAAGAAUCGCCUUCGGAAAUACUGUCUAUAUCGUGGAGCAGAGUUAUAAUGAAAAAACCUAAAAAUAACGUGCUUAAAAACCUAAGCCCCUUUUCUGCCAGUUCUUAAUCAUUUUUCAACAAAGAAGUGACAUUUUUGAAAAAAAGAUUGCAAUAUAAGGCAAAAAAUCCGGAAAAAAUGAGUGAGUUCUUUAAAUUUGACUCCAUAAUAUGAAUACUGCGCGAGAUGUUAAUCUGCUUUAGCGGGACGCUAGUCCUGUGCGGAACAGUUUUACUUCCAAUGAUCGUUCGCUAAAACGAGCUUUAAGCCUUUUAUUAAAUGGUAGAAAGUACUUUCACCUCAAUAAACAUAUAAUACUUCUUAGGCAAUAACGUCCACACGAAAUAAAAACGACUUUCAGAUUUACUGGACUGCCGAGCAUCAAUCUGUUCUUUGUACAUUCUAUUCAUCCACCUUUUCGAAAGAAAUACUUCUCAAGUAGUGAUAACUUGUCGUCUUCGUGCAACCGUGUGUGGAGGCUGUAGCCUCUGAGAUCCGAAAGGUGGACAGGGUCAUUCCCAGUUCAUCCUUCAACGGCGAUAGGUCGAUGAACCUCGACCGCAGCUGCCAAGAACUUCACCCCUUAGUGAAAUCGUCUGAGCGAUGCUAUACCAUCAACGCAUUCGCAGCUCACUUAGACUCCUGGCAGCCAGUAAAUCGAGGUAGUUUUUCCAGGUGUCUGUAAUCGGUUACUGCGACAGUACUUACUUGGCCCUCUCUAAUUUUCUUGGUAUUUUGUAAUUAGUGUCGGAAGAUGACCUCAAAUUAACGCUUACAAAUAAUAUGGCAUGAUUUUGGCUGAAAUUGCAAAUUUAGAUUGGUUCCAAAAACGUAUAACAGUUAGCCUUAGCUUUAGACACAUCGAUUUGCCGGCGUGUUAUCAUGCACUCUGCCCACGCAUCCAGGUGGUGCAGCUCACAUCGUCGCGAAGUACAAACGGCAUCACCACGUCGGGGAAUUACCGUGGAACAGGCGGCACAAACCAGACCUAGCCACGGACGUAGCCUCCCCCCGCAUGGAUUGCGAUGUAAAUUUUUACACGUUGCUGCACUCUGGCAGUCUCUGAUAAUGAACUUCAGUUCGAGUUCGAAAGCUCAGGCCAAUAAAACUACUGUCCCAGUGGUCGUGCCCUUGUCUUCUUUUAAACAUGAACCUGGGCUGCGCAUAUUCUCUUCCAUUCGAGAGGGGUUGCUUUCAUUCGUUUUUAAUUUUAAACAAAAAGGAGUCUCAGGUGCCACUUUUCUUUGCAACAGACGCUUUUGGUAUCAUUUCAUGGGAAACAUCCUCCCUGUAAAUCUUGCAGUGAAACGUUCAGUGAGUACUUAAAUUGAAAACGUUCCGAAAAUCUCAUAUAGUUUGAGACGCUACCGCCCUAUGCGCCUGGUUGGAAUUUUAGAACAAAGCAUUUUUCAAUUAAGUACAAAUUUUGAACGUCAAGCCUUUUGAUAAUUAAUAAUGUUUUUGUGCAGGAAUAGUCCGCAAACUUAUGAAAGUUUACGCUAGGAUGAAGGCGAAAUUUCGAGUUCCAGGUGUAUACAUAUUUGAAGAAGAAGAAGAAUCGAGCACCGGAACAAUUCGUUUAUUAUCCUGAGCUUUCAGACUCGUACAGGAGUCCAUCGUCAGAGGUAGUGGCAGAAACAGGACAAGCGGCAGUUAUAAGGCACGUAGACCCAAUCAUCGACCGACGUCGCACGACUGGAGGUGACUACGAAGGGCUCUGUACGCCGGCGCCAGAUCGAUAAAUCGAUUGACCGAGUUCUCAUCCGAGGCCCAGGCUUCAAUCAAUUCUCGGCCUGUUUUGUUUCCGGCGUGGGCGACUAUUUUGGUGGCAGCGAAGUUUACGCUAGCUCAGCACUCUGUUCGACUUUCGCACUUAUUAUACCCAUGUUUUUGCACCAUUUCGUGAUUGUCGCUGGUCAACCUGAAAGGUACAGCUGUGCACAAUUGCAAAAAAAACAGACUCAAUUGUGUCUGUGCUCGAGAGUAAUAAGCACUAUUUUCUUCUAAAUUCUGCUUUCCAAGUCAAUGCUCCCUUGGUGCAAAUAAGUUUUCAGUUACUGUUUGCAGCCUCCGCGAGUGUUAGUGACAGGUGGCUCGACAGACAGUCAUAAAAUUUUUCUUGAGGCCUGUCAUUUUUGGCCAUCGAGAUGGCCUCCUGAUUACCACUUCCGCAGACAAGGCGAUUUUUCGCGCGGUAGGCAAAACAAAAAUGCCAUUAGACGCUGCCAUUAUGCGUGGGCGUUUGGCCAGGCGCUAGGCACUUAAAGACUGUAAACAACUGCAUAACGUUUAAGGUUAAACUUAAUCACGCUUAGUUAGUUGGUCGCGUAAUGUUCAUCUGAUGGUGCAGUUAAAUAGCAUAAGUUGAAAGGUGAUUUACUUAAAUAUGAGAUGCGUAAUCGGUAGGACUGGUUUAUAUGCCCGCCCCCCCCCCACAAAAAGGACAUGAAAACACGAAACGGCUAUAGUACGAGUGGGUUUGAGCCAACUUCCAGUAAAACAAGAAUUAGGUUUUAGGUUAACUUUAAAGUUAACGGAAACGUAAGUCAGGAUCAAGUUUAGGGUUCAUAUAGAGGCUCGUGCUGACUGCAGAGGGUAGGACUGCGGUCAAGUUUUAAACAAUGGUCCUGUUUUUGAAAAGCGAACUAAAAUUAUUAUUAUUUGUAGCCACUUUUGUGCUAUCUUGUAUAAAAGUAGACGAAAACAAAAGUUAUUCCUAAAUACGCCGAUUCAAUUGCCGAAAUUCUCAGGACGACAUAUUUUUUCUUUUUAUGGACGCUUUCCUGAUUAAUGAGACGAUACUUUCCGUGACGCUGAGGGCCUAAAAGUAGAUACUUUUUGUUGUUUUAAUUUCCUCAGCAAUUAACCGCGAACCUGGAGUUGAUCAGAUUACACCAUGGUCUAUAGGCGCAGAGCAAAAUUGGAUGAAGGAAUACUUGUGCCGAAGUCCAUCAACCAAGGCGGGAUGACCGUGUAAUUUUCAUUACUGCCGACAGGCAGGUAGUAGUACAUUAGAUGGACUAACUCGCGAAAUGUCAACCGAAUUUUCGAGGCGCAUUUUCAUUUCGAAAAGAUUAAGUAAAUGGGGUCGUAAAAAUAGUCGUCAGCAGCAGAAUUCUAUGAUAAUUCAAUUAUUUCAGAAUGUCUGCUUUCGAAAGAACUUCUUUCCGGCCGCAGACAAAGAAUCCAAUGUGUAAAAAUGACUGUUUAUGCGACAUGCAUUUUCUCUGCAAAAAUGUAAUUACAUUUCAUGAAAAAACAUGAAUAAAACUAUAAAUUCUUUCUUCAUUUGGUAGUAACUUACGCCUCCUUCUAAACUUCUACUCGAAGGAAAAGUAUAAUUCGGUUUUCAAAAACUUUUCCAAUUACCAAAUAAUUUUGAUUUCCGACCUGCCGUUACACUUGCAUUCAGGGUUUCUAAACUACAAGCCUUAUAUCUUUCUCGUACGGAAAUCCAUAUAUUUCUUUACUACCUUAAUAGGAGACCAUAUGGGAUCCAUGAAAUUUAGCAGCGGAUUUGCACCCUAUCGUAAAUUAUACAAGAGACAUUAUCAAAUGUAGAGACACGAUGUUUUAUGAACGAACAUUUCGCGGUAUUAAAAAUCUUACUAUUAGAAACUUUUUCAAAACCGAAUUAUACCCUUCUUUUGGGUGUAAAAUUGGGGAAACAACGUCAUUUUCCAUCCAAUAUGUAAAAGCGCGAAUAUUUCUACGCUUGAAAUAUGAAAUAUGUGAAAUAUGAAAUAUGUGGGGACGUCGUUGCAAGAUCUGUUUGCAAAAGGGAAACACUCUAAAUGUGGUAGAUUAAUGAAGUUGUCAUGAGGUACAUAAAUACGAUGAGUCCGAUGCCGAGGCCCAGCAAUUAAGGCUGUCGAGGAUACAAGCUGCAAACCUCAUCCCAGUCGGGCACAGUCAAAAUAGCAUGAUGUUUAUUGUGUAACUGUUCGGAAUUUCAAAAUUUCGGUGGAUUUCAUGUAGAUCUCACAUGACCGUGAGGUAUCACAGCCAGGGUAUCACGCAUACAGUGCGUUCGUUGAUCUGCUGCCACCCAUGUUCCUAAGUUUUCUGAGUUUUCGUGCAAAACCAUUCCCAACCACAAAGUGUGGAAAACCUGAGGCUCAAUAAGUUAUCCUUCAAUUUUCAGUAAAUAUAAUAUUGAGCCAAUUUUGAAAACUCGGUGCCUUGGUAAGAUUCGAGCCCAAGACAGCAAGGAGAAAGCUUUAGUUCAGCCAAUGCUCUUACCACCUGAGCUACGAGGCUCCACCGGAAGACGUUAUUUUAACCACAUUUGGGUCACAUUACGCGCUCAGCUUACUGCAGCGUCUGGAAUCCACCAAAUCAGCUACAGAAAACUGACUGCCCAAGCGGGAUUCCUUAAGUAAUUCACAUAGAAUCUACCAGCUGAAUGUCAGCCCCACGUAAUUCCUGGACGAUAAAUAAGUAAUCAAAUAGUUUAAAUUGUUAUUUUUACUAAUUGCAAAAACUCAGCUUCCUCGGUGGGAUUUGAAUCCUUGUCGCCGUGCAUUCAAAUUCCGCCGAGUUCGUCGAGUUUUUCAAAGUGCCGUCAAAAUUGCAAUGAAUUCUGGAAUAUUCGUCAGCUUACAUGCCUUCUUAAUAGAUAUAAGUAUGUUGUGGAGUUUCGGUCACUUUGAUGUUUGCAUAGUUCUGACGCAGCUUACUGUUAAAAGCCCUUCUUGGCUAUAAAAACUACUAAUUACAUGGUAGCUACAAAAGCAGCUUCGCUUUAGAUGCUUGUGCAUAUUCACGUUGUACAACGGCAGUAAUUUGACGUACUACUUAGUGAAAGCUGGAGAAUUCAGACACAUACCAAAUCUUUUAUAAUAAAUCAAGAGUGCUGGGUUUGUUUGAAAAAUGCACAUAUUCGAGACCCAUUUCUUUACAUGAAUUUAUUUUUAUACGGAAAUAAUGGAGUAAAGCACUUUUUUUCUUACCAUAGUUUGCAUAAUCCUGCAGCGAGUUUUUAAAAUGAUAACCCCACACUUUUUGCUUGUUACAUAUCACGAUUGCAAAGAGUUUUCCUCUCCAUAAAUGUUUUACGAAUAACUUUUAUAAUUGUGAUGUAUCUGCUUGUUUUGUAGAUGCCUAUUAACGAUAAUGCGCACCGUAACGGCUCUAAAAUAAACAUACUGGUGUUAGAUCCAUCUGUUAAACGUCCUCGACGAAAAUCAUGUCGAUGUUUAUUCUUUGUUAACAGGAAGAGCGUUAAGAAUCCUGCGUCUGGUUAAGAUCCUCAGUCUUUUGCGGCUUCUCAGGAUCUCUCGUCUGGUGCGAUACGUCAGUCAAUGGGAGGAGGUGAGAAAUUCGGUUUUAAAAAUCCUACUCGCCAUUCACAAAUUACGUUAUAUUUAUUUUUCCUUCACGAUUUCAAAAUGCAUGCGUUUAUACAGAACAGAGAGUGCCAUGGUAACCUUCAGGUUAUUUUUAAUCACGUAAAUUUGAAAUCAGUUGGUUAUGCGUAGGGUGUGACUUGUCUUUUAACAUAAUUCUCGAAAUAUUUCCCCGACACCGAUUGCCCACUUUAGCGAUUUCACAUUCUGUAACAUAAAUCACGUUUAGAUGUGGUGUGUGUGGUAAGCGGUCUUUAAAAUUGCUCAUCCGAGGUUAAAGCGUCUUAAUAACUAUACCGGCUCCAGAGUUACAAGUAAUCAGUCUGAAUGAAGUUAAUCCGUGCAGACCGGCAUGUACUGGUAAUGCAAAAAUGUAUCAAAGACACGAAAAGGUUGCGUUUAAACACUCCUUUGCCCGCAAACCUACUUGAAUCGCUUUUAAAUAAAAGGCAAAUCCACAACCACACCUUUAACUAACCCUAUUAAUCUCUUCAUAGAGACGAACAAAAAUAUUUGUAAAUCGUAAAAAUGCGUGCAAGUAUGCAUAAUUUAUAACGAUUAGUUUUGGCUUGUUUGUAAUCAAAAGAGACACUUAUGCACAUCGAUCGCACUAACCAUAAAGGCAGACGUGAAUGUUCAAAACUCAUACUGUUUUGACUCAACAAAGAGGAUAUUUUGUUUAAAUGAGGCGCCUGGCGUACGCAAAAAGUCACAAAGUCAAAAUAUGCCGACGCCCUAGAAACCUCUACGAUGCCCAUUGCGGAUAACGCAGGAUAACCUACUAAAAUUGUUUUUGUGGGCACUGUUGACCAGAAUAUUAAUGUCAAUUUUUCAAAAUCAAGCGUCACUCAAGAUCAAUCAGAAUAAACAAGCCACAUAAUAUGCCCACAAAAUGCACAUUUUAAUGCCAGCACAUGUGUUUAUGUGGUUAUCUUGCAUUGAGCGUCCAUCCAAUUGCAUCUGCCGGCAUAUUUCUUUUAACAUAUAGUCAGCGUCAUAAUGCUUAGUACUGUGUAGUCAGAGUUCGCUAUCUCGGAUGUAUUUCGCUACUUAUCAUUAAUAGGUGGGAGCUCAAAUCUUAUCAGUAGAAAAGACAGUCUCAGCUUACUUCCCUAAAACGAAAAAACUCACUUAAUCCGCCAGACAAGCUUUUCUUAUGGAAGUAUAAAAGAUCUCAUCUUUUGUUUAAAAACGUUGAAGACCUCACUGAUCGCUUCAGCUAGACCGUCAAAACGUCUGUUCUAGUGUCUGGCUUGUGUGACCCCUAGAUAGGACAAUGAACUUGUUUAUCAGCUGCUUACGUCAGCGAGAUUCCUAAUCCUUCUGAACUUAAAAAGUCGCUUUAUGAAGCCAGGGGAACUUUCUCACAACGGAUGAACUUUCCCUUUAAACUUUUUACUAUUAAAAAAGUCUGUAAAAUGAAAAAAAUAGGGCGAACUAAACAAGUCAGCCACUUUCACACUUUGGUAGAAGUCAUUAUCACAAAAAUGGAUGUUUGGGUAAAAAAAACAUCUUCUGUAGAUCCGUCCUCCCACUGAAUCCACAAAAAUCAAUUAUACGUGGUGCUUCCUUGUGUUGUUAAAGGACUACGAUCUCGGAGCCAUUGCUCGACUUUUCCAAAAUUUGCGGUAGAACCAACUCCUGGGACAUGAGCGGAGACUGACAUAUACGAUUACGUUUACUGUGUCAGUCAUGAUACUGGCAGGUGGUUUCAAGUCGUAAAGUAACAUAACCGACAAAGACAAGGGUGACUGAAAUGGCCAUUUCCAGCUAUUGGCAGCUGUCACCCAGUCGCACCCAACCCAGGGGUGUUGGACACCUAAAACUCCAUCCCACAACCUGUUGGUUAGAAAUCCAGCGCAUCUAAAUGCUGAGCCAUACCCUCGUUGUCGUCUCAGUUGCGAUCGUAAAUAUACAAUGAUAGAGGGGCGCUCACCGACCGCGUUAUGGAACUCUAUCCUACCAUUGUCCCUCGGGGCUCACUCUCGAACCCAAACAACAGCAGUACAACCGCACGUCAGCUCAUUUCAGUCAUUUAUUUAUAGGAUAUUUUUUUAGAUUUGCGAUUAAACCCACUCUUAGGUUAGUUUUUCUAAAGGCACUCUUCCCAUGUCUAUGAAAACAACCCACAGACUCUUUAUCAGUAUGCUUCCUUUGCCUGACAUCCGAUUACACUGGCGAAUUCAAGGCGAGGAUUGAAUAUAUGUGCGGGAAAAGGAAAUGCUGACUGUCGUUCAACAAAUACACUUUCCUCCAAAACUCACAUUUUGGAAAUUUGCAUAGUUUGGUCGUCCACUUUGUGUGUUAAGUGACCAACAAUGAUGACGGACCAGUAAAGAUCGUUUAACUUCCCUAGAUACUGAACUCUGAUCAGCGUAAUCAUCUAGCAAGGUGAAAUGAAGGCCUAUAAAUAGUUUUAUCCAGUCGCGCAGAAAAUAACACAUGCGACGCAAAAUGGACUCUAUAAAUAGUCUAAAAUUAAAGAUAUGUAACAGGAGCCCCAACAAAAACGAGGGGAAUAGGAAUGGUUAAUUGUCAACAGCUUUUUAGCACCAAAGCUGACUUUAGACUCGACCACGUUCGUAAUCAAAAAGGUUUACCUUCGUUUUUAAAUAUUAACAAAGGGCCUUUUGUAGUGAAUAACGGCUCCUCGCAUUGCCAGCAGCAAAUAUGGAUGUUUAUACUGCGUUCAAGCGUCGGUGCACCAGCCUUUACACAUGAAAUUGCGCAUAGUCUUUUACAAGAGUCUGGUAGGAGCGAAUAGCAACGGUAUAGAAAUGCAUUUCUAGAGGAAGAAACCAACUAAAGAAGGACUGUGUAUGAUAAAAAACCAUGGGUUGCUGGGCAUUUUUUACUAUCAACUACGCGGAAUGCGAGUUACGAUUUCCGGAUUGCCUAUCACACAAAUUCAAGCCUGCGAAAGCUGUGUAUACUGACCUUUUUAAUUUUCAUAAAAUAUCCUUCGGAACAUAUCUUUAAGGCUAGGCUCGAAAGUGUGUAAGGAAGUUUUUGGCAAAAUCCAUCGGAUACCGCGGAAUUAUCGCGUAGCAUUCAUAAGCUGUCAAUGGUUGGUCAGUAGUGUAAAAAAUACAGGAUGAUUAACCAUGUCAACAACUAGCAUCUGUGCUGGGUCUGAAGCAUUCGAUCAAACUGAGGCCCCUCUGCGGCAAUCCGUCUGACGGUCUCUGUACCUGCCAUUUGGACGUUUAUUCCGACAUGAAUGAAUACAUCAAUCCGCUUGUCCCUCGAAACAAAGAAAAUCCUAAUGGUUGACAGAUACUGUAAACAAUUAGCGACUUAGCAGGCCGAACUCGGCCAGGGGAUGGUAGCAGACGAAGUGCCGAGAGGAUUGAGUCUAAAAUUAGACAGUACUGUCUCGGUUUUAUUGUCCCUUCAUCCAAACAACCAUGCGUCUGGCCAAUAUCUCUCGACAAUCUCCCUGCUCGCAAGCCCUGUUCAACUUCGGCCCGACAGAUAACUACCUUUUAGUGUCCUUGUCUACUUAUCCUGAUAUUGUUUACUCUGAAAAGUCGAAUGAAUCGCAUAUGCUUAUUCAUAUAUAAAGACGACAUUUUUUCACUCUGAUACACGUGGAGCUCUUUACCUGACCUUGGAGCCUCAAGGCACGGCUAGUACAGGCGAUUUCAUAGAGUCGAGCUAUCAACUGCCAGAAUACUAAUAGGGACUGGGGUUUUCUUUUCUCGGUUCUGUGAGAUAAAGAAAGUUAUCUCAUGAAGACUUAGUUAACUGAAAUACUUGGUUAAUCGGAAAGGCAUACAAUUGUAAGAAGCAUGUCUUUGUUUGUUGGUCUGGUUUGCUUUUCCCUACGAUGGCGGGAGUCGGCGCAACGUACUUUUGGAUUCAGUCCAGGUUUUCAUUUCUGUUCGGAAUCGGUUUAUGUACUAAUGUCAACUGUUUUACCUGAAUUUCGCCUUCAUUCCAGAAGCUAUAUCGCUGUCAUUGUCAGUAACUAUUUGGACCUUUGCAUUCGCGAAGUUUAUCGUCAUCUAUUUCCUUCAAAACAGCGUCGUUGCCGGCUAGAUGUGGGAUACACUGUUCCAUGUAUUUUAACCUUAGCAGAAAAACGCCAGAGAGACUGUGAAAAUGUGUCUCCUUCCCUGCUUAAAUUAUGUGUCUUUUCAGCCGCAUGUUUUAUUUCGAAAUAAAAACGCAAACCUGCGCCAGGUAUUUACAAAGUAGAUCAGGAUGAACACCGUUUAAGGGGUUUAAUCAAGCUUGUGAAUUGAAUUAUCACUCAGGAUUGAACCAUGAUGAAUGUUGAGAUUUCGAUUAACUGAGUCCUCAUCGGGAACCGCCCAAGCCCUCCUCUGUUCGCGCGGCGGCUGCAGACACAUUUGCAAACAUGCAUUUUGGCAUAAAAACCGUUUUUUGAUGGAAUAAACAGCAGGCUGACAUAUAUCUGUUCUCAGUUGUGAAUUUACAUGUAGUAGAUGACUGAGGUGUUGAUGCAUCUGUCCCAUUUGGUGUGCUGAAAGCAUUGACGUAUAGACAUAGACUAUGAUUGACCUUUUUAAGGGCUCUUAGGCAUUUCUCCUCUACGUCUUCGAAAACACCUUAAACCUCGUAAGGCCGUUCAGGCAUAAUAAAAAUGUCUGGUACACCAUAAGGUAGACCAACAGUAGUUCCAUGGUGUGGGCGUAGAAAAAGCUUUGGCACUGUUUACCUGGAAAGAACUGCCUCAGAUAUCAGCGCAUUUUUUAUUGUAUGUUAUGUAAGUAAUAUGCCAAAUUGAAACCAUUAUUGUUACGGCGCUCAGAUCGGCAUGACCAAUCCUAUACGUAUUUGGAUAUUGAGAGGUAAUUAACUAUGUAUUAGUAAUUUUGAUUCUAGAUAAAUUUAACCCACGACAGGCCUCAUUUAAGUGACUAAAUGGCUUUAACUUCAGCCCUUCGUAUCUGCUGACUUCAGGCGGUAAAAUGCACCUACAAAUAUAAAAAUAAGGAAAAUAUUCUCUGCUGUUGCGUCCUACUAUUUUUGUCAUAAAACAGCUGGACAAUUGUGCCAAAUUACCCAAAGACGAUAAUUUUUAAGAUCCUAGUUAGCCUAUUUUGCUGAACAACCCCCCGUCCCUCUUUGACCUUAAAACCAGAUUUUUACGGUAUUUGGGAUGCAAACAAACUAUUAUGGAAUGUCGGCUACCUACAAGAAUCUUUCGCUUGUUAAUUAAAGGUCAUCUGAUGCUGUUUUUUGACUAGGUGUUGUUUUCUAGGCUACUGACGACGCAGACGUAUGCGGUGCGUUAAUAACCACCUUUAGACUGUUUAAGUCCUUAUAGAUGUUAACCAUUUUGCAAAACGGAUGAAAUCGUUAAUAAGGCAGAAAUAAAACUGCUUAGAUUUGCAUGCUCUAUUCUAAGAAUUUUGAAGGUAUUUCUGGCUUAAUUCAGUUCCUUCUAUAUACGUCCUCUUCGACGAUUCUUCUGACAGAUCACAGAAACCUUUUAAAUAUGUUCGAGCAAACCACACAGUCAGUGAAUGAUCUCAUGGACUAUUAACCAAAAUCCUGGAAAGUGUUUUUGACUAGGAAUGAUGACUUGUAUUGGCUCAUGAUGCUGUUUAUCGUGCAGCUUAAUUGUGAAAUAUCUCAUUCACUUCCUCUCUGUCACCUACACCAUACGGCAAAAAAUUCCUAGACAAGCAAUAUGUCCUAAUCAGUUCACAUAUUUUUAUAGAAAACAUGCAUAAAAAUACUAUGUUUGCGCUUACCUAGAAGACAAUUACAUCUUCUUUAAACGUUACAUUCGCAUCUUUCGAUUUUGAAAAGCUUAUGGUUUUCGGAAUAAUUUUGUGUUCGACCUGCCGUUUUAUUUGAAUUUAUGGUUAAGACUCUACAAGAUGUAUAUCUUCAAUGUUUAAAAAAAUACGCAUUUCUCUGUCACUCAACGGAUACUGGAUAGGGCUCCUAGAACUUUACAAUGGAUGUGAGCUAUGUAUUAUAUCUCAUAAGAAGCGUAAAUAAACGGACAGGUAUGAUACUAUUUAAAUGGGCAUCGCACCCUCCUAGAAAUUUUAUAAUUACAAACUCUUUUAAAUCAAAUGACAUCCCUAAUUUCAAGUAUAAGAUUUAAAUAAACUGUGGCUUGCUACGAAAUAAGUAUCGAAGACACAUCUUUUCAUUUCUUUCACAAAUAGAACUCAUAUUUAUUGGGACAUAGAAAGUCAAUAGAAACAUUUAUACUAUUUAACUCAUCCCGUUUUCUUAGCCAGGUUUCGUAGGCAGCCUAAACGAAGGGCUGUCAAAAGCUAGCCUCCUGUCAUGGUAAUGCACUCUACUCGGAGGGGAAUUUCGUAAUCUCAAUUAACUUUCUAUGUGAUCGGUCAAUGACUGUAAGUGGCAAACAUUCUGCCUGCUAAUAUACUUCAUAGUGAGCGACAGAUACUGUGCUUUACUAAACUGUGCGAUUUAGGAAGUCACUGAUAAAACAUGCAUCAAGAAAUGGCACCGGGUUACAGCGGGACAGGCUAAUCCUGCACCUAGUGGCGCAAUGAACCAAAACUUUCCAGAAACUUUGAUGGACUAAACCUCAGAGCUGUGCGGUCGACAGCAAAACGGAGGUUUUAGGAUACGUGUCAGACUAUUCAUAAUCACCUUCUGUACAUGUUAGCAAAUACGGUACGCCUCUUUCGCUCUUACAUCAUACGGUCUCGCAAUCACGGUCAGAGAUCAUCCAUUCUAACUUGAUGAUGAUCGGCUUUAAAGUAGCAGACUUUUAUCGGCAAUGAAGUCCCAAAUGUGGGUUAAUUUCAAGAUUUGGUGCUCAACAGAGACUGCUGACACCGCAUUGAAUGGCAUUUCUGCGUUCCCUCAGUUUUAUUUGCAGUCUUUUUCAUUCAACAGGUACAGCAGUGGCAUUCAGUACGCAGAGGCAAGCUGAUAAAAUCAGACUGUUCAGCUCACUUAAGUCAGUCCUUCGUGCGUAUUAAAUUUCUGCAUAUCGUUUGCGUGUGAUACCGAUCUUAACUUGGUCACAUUUGCUCUCGCUGCCUUGGAGUCACAUCUACUGUAAGUCGACCAUGGCCAGAGGGGGCUUCCCACUUGUAGUUCCCGGUAAUACGUGCCAACGUCAAUUUCGCAGACGCCAAAUGACGCAACAUCGACAGUAGCCAUUCCUCUAGGUUUAUUACUGUGGUUUCAGAUAUGGUCAUCUAUAUCUCUUAGAUGCUAUCCUGAGUGUGCUUCCACUGAUGUAAGAUCAUCACGCAACUUUGCUUUCAUAAUAUGUGGUGGACGCUGCACCACAUCGACAGUAAAUGCCUGAAUCCUUCCUUCCCCGCCAAAAAAGAAUACUCAGCUUGAGCACUGAUUUUGUUUUAUCGAUUUUUCCGUGGAAAAUGCUCGUGUUUAUCACGGAGCCAUCACCAAAUGGAGAAUAUACGCCCGCCUGUAGGCGAGGCCUUUACUAAUCAUCUGACUAUUGUUAUUAAAGCAGAGUUACUCAGGUGGCGAACAGAUCACAAGGAAUAUAAAUUGAGGCGCAUUAUCCAUGAAGUUAGCAGAGAUCACCUCCUCUAUUGGAAUAGCAUUUGUGCUUUGAGAAUUUUUCGUCGAAAUGACAUCGAAAUUUUGAUUUUCUCCUGAAAUGUUAUUAAGGGAACUUAAAGGUAAAUUGUUGCAAACACAUUUUUUCCUUUUGCAUGCUGCUUCGUGAGGUUGCCUAUUCUCGCUACUUUUCCUUAGUUUCCUCACUAUUUUUGACAUUCCGACUUCAACCACUUUUGAUGAAUUUCUAAGAUACCAAGAUUAUAUGCUUGUGGUGAGACGCUGAAAAUUACUCACUGUUCACUGACAAUGAUCGUACAUUUCAGUGGCCCUUUUAAUUUAAUCUGGUCUGCAUGAGAUUAAGUCACGUUGAGCACUUUUAUCGUGUUGGGGAUUGUUAGUUAAAUGCACUCAAAUUCCCAAAUAGCAGAAAUAGUAAACUGCAUUUCGCUAUUCCCUAAGCCAACAGUCAUUUUCGCAAUUUCUGAUUGUCACUCUUUGAGCUCACUCACCGUACUAAGCUCACUGGACGAUCUGCAGGUUUUUUUCCCCGUUCCCAGGAAGUUUAAGAUAAGGUCUUUGCCAGUGGCUUUUAAGAAUCAACUGUCAGCAUGCAUAGGAAAUUUUAGCGCAUGCGUCUCCAGUACUGCGCCAAAUCCCUACGGCGUACCAGGACAUGAGUGUUAAUGACACGCACUGAGGGAAUUCAGACAUUCCCCGCAUGUCUUGUCAGAUGCAAAGAAGAAAAUUUCGGAGGAUGCUGGAAAUAUUAAUGGGAACAAGUGAAUGCAAGCCAAAAUGCAACAUCCGCCCUCGCCUUCAACAUCGUUAAGGCCUGCGAACUGCCGCUUUUAAUAUUAGCACACAUCAAGUUGGUGGCUGGCAGAACAGAGCUCCUGACAGAAAAUAUCCGUCGGGGAUUGUCAUGCAUGCAAUUCGAGCGUGAAGGACUGAUGAUUCCAACUUCCUGCGGUCGCCUGACUCGUUCGUUAGCAUCGGUAGAACCGGACACUAAUUUUCUUAAACGACUUGUGAAAAUAACAAAACUUGUUUUAUGUUGCACUGCGUCCUACUAAAGUUUGUAAUUACGCUGAUCACUUUUCUCUAGGAGACAGAACUCUUCUACCUUAGAACAUUUAUCCCAAGUUAAUUCCAUCAAAGCAAGAGGAUCAGAGUCGUCCAGAUCGAUUGAGAUGGGAGGUAGCUUUGUAGAAAACUAAUUUCCUAGGUGUAAAGAUGAGGUUUCGGGUCCACAAGCCCACAUGUUUUCUGUUAUGGCAUUGCGCAAGACGUCUACCAAGGAGCCAUCUCAAAUAGCUGGAGACGUUUGCCACGCUGAUUUGCAGUCGUGGCCUGUGACUUUUACAUUGGUUAAUCAUUUUUGACAUUAUUGUUUACUCAGGCCUAAAGGUAACUCAUUAGCAACUAGCUUUAGUGAAGUGCGUUUCCAAACAUGACACCUGCAAAGAGCCAGUUAGCCCUUGAUCGGACUGAAAGAUAGAUCUCCUCCUACCAAAGUUUCGUCGUUAGAUUGGCCGAUAGGAUAUGGUUUUAUCAUAAUGACAUUAAGGCCAUAUGCACUCAUUUUAUUCCAGCCGUCUUUUGCAAAAUCACUGCGACCGUUGAUCGCCUAGUACAGCCACAGUGAAUGAGUGAUUUCAUGAAAUGUUGGCCGAAAUUCUGAAAUGCGUUUUCGAUUAGGAAGGAUUACUAGGGCGCGGUUGUUAUACUGAUUAUUUUGCAGCAUAAUCCUAUUAUCUUUUAGCCUCGGCGGGAUGUCGUCUUUUGGAUGCACUGUUUUUUAAUCUCCUGUAGAAACUGUACUUGAUAAAAAAUGACUAAUUAAUUAGCAUGUAGUUUCCCCGUUGAUUUUCAAUGGUCUUGCAAAUUCAGAUAUAAUUUACAGGAACCACGAGGAAAAUAUGCUUUCUUUCAGUCGUUUGAUACAGAACCACGUCAUCUUUUGAUUUUACACUUUAUGAUUUCUUUACCAAGUUUCGUUAAGUUCGCCGAAAAUGUCAAAACCUAAUAACUGGGUUAUCGCAGCUUAGCUAUAUUGCAACUGUCCAGACAGAGUUCCACGUUCCAACUAUGCAUGACUUUUCGAGCCCUGGUUUGCCGUAAUUUGAGGAAUGCUUCAGUCGGUGGAGAAUGAAGAAAGGAAAUCGCGAAUUGGCCGCGUUAGUCUUUAGACGAUGAGGAGUAAAACAUAUUUUUGUACUGUCAGAGGCCUACCACGGCCACAGGGUUUUUGCAUUUCUUGUUUGUACAUUUUUGCUCUUUUUGUUAUAACUAGCGGUGAAUUCCUAACCGUGAGUGAACUCUUUUAUUCUUGCACUACACAAAUGCCUUCUUUUUCGAUCUAGUUCAUCAACGUCGCAAACAAGUUUAUUGGAAUCGUUAAUCUCGUUCUCCUCAUGCUUCUACUCGGCCACUGGAAUGCCUGCCUCCAAUUCCUCAUCCCCAUGCUGAAUGAAUACCCCACCGACAGCUGGGUCAUGAAAUGCAAAUUAAGGGUAAUUUUCAGAAACGCAGCAGCUGAAUGCAUUUCUGGUGAACCAUGAAAAAAAAGUCCCUCUACAUGCAUUUUUCUAAAGAUUUCAAGAUUCUGUCUGGACCAGUUCAUCAAGUGGAUAGGCCAAAUGGACCCUCAUUUAUCUACUUUGAACAUCUAACUGUUCAUAGGUUGUUUUACAAGGUAAAAGGCCAUGUACAACCAGUUAAUGGCCCUUUCAAAUCUUCUCUUUUUAUGGCUAGCUAGGACGCGUGCAUAAAUAAUGCGUUUUUUAUUUUAUAUCGUAAUUUUGGACAUUUUUGCAAAAUAAUUCUAGGAAAACCUACGCCUGUCCAUGUUUUGACGAGGUCCUUUGUCAUGCGUAAAAAAUUAUUGCCACAUCGUGCCAUUACUGACCUUUUGUGGCGCAAAGAAGACAUUUCUCCACUUAAAGUACAAACUAUUCCGUAGAUUAUAAAGCCCAACUUAGCAACGAAGACAAAAGAAUGCGGGUUCGCAUGUUUAGGAAGUAGUUGGCGUACGGAAUAUAAUAUAUGCAGAUUCACGGGCAAUGUUUCGGCAAUCGCGAACCGGACCAAAUAUAUUAGCCACGAUGAACAGUCUAUAAUAAGCUAUUUUCAGUCAAACCUAAACAUAAAAAAAUCGAAAAAGAUACUUUGCUUGCCAAAAACAAUAGCAUUAUUAAUGAAGGCGGAAAUAAAGAAAACCGAAGAAAUAAUGUAAGUUGUGUAAAAUGAGUUUACAGAAGUCAAAACGUUUCCAUAUAAAAACCGAGUUAAUAAAAUAGGAGUAACAAAACAAUAUUUAAAUAACAUCUUACAGAAUCCUCUAGGUAAAUAAACUCGAAAAAUAUUCACAGUAUUAAGUUGGACAACUAGUCAAAUGUUGCAUAUUUUAUUACGACUCAGGAUGGUGUUACAGCAAGUCGACUUGACUUAUCCGUUUUGUCAACUAACUGAGAUAUGCUUAAUUAAGACAAAGAAGACUCCCCUUGAUUUUGUAGAUUGGGGUGUCAAAAAAUCAAGUUCGUCUAAUCAGAAACUAACAACGUUAAAGCAAAAUUUACUCAAACGAUCAGUAGUUUUCCAUCUUCUGCGUGGCAUGCGAAAAUUUUCUCCGUAAGCUCACCUUGCAUUCAUGAUUGCCAGGCAGCUGGCUAAAAUUCAAGGCGUCUUUUAUGUUUCCAUGAAAGCUUUGUGGUUUUAACUAUUGUCAUGCAGUUGCCCAAAAUACUAUGCCUUUUAAUUUGUGUAUAUGAAAACCAUCAGCGUAAGAGAGCGCUUGAAAUACUGUGUCUAUAAAGAGAGCUUUAUGCGUUUUGUUCGCAAGGGGUGGCGACCUGAACACGUUUUCAUAGGUAGCCACGUAUGACAACAAGCAGGCCAAAGAAUGUGGUUCCUCAGCUGAAUCAUGUUAGGAAUAUAACCUUGAUCAAAUUACGAUCAACCCCUUUUAAGUUAUCACAUCGAAAUUGCUCAAGAAAACUAUUUCGUCGGUAAACAUCCACCUACUUUCUUCUUUUUCAAUGUAUAUUUGGAGAACACUUAAGACAAUCUUCGCUUUCAUCCACGUUUAUAACAGAUUUCCAAAAGCUUUUACGAGAAAUGAAAAAACCGCCCUUUCUAGUUUUAAUGAACCUGUACAGUCAUGUAUGUUCAUUGUUAUGCUAUGUAACAAGAUUACAAGAGCUCCAGAAGGGAGUCAUCUCAGAACAAAAAUGUGUCCAAACAGUUAGUUUAGUGUCCGUUUACUUCCUACAAUACUCAUCAGCUAACACUCAAUCGUAUAAAUGGUAUGCUAAAUUACGUCGACAAGCUAAAAUGGCUGCUUGAUGACAACACAUCUAGAGGUUACUCGUGAAACGCUAGGAUAUAUCCAUAACUGGCGGAUGUCUAAAACAUGAGAUUAUCUUUUGAAAUUUACAAACCCGUAUUCCUGAAAGGGAAAACGCUUCUAGUUUUUGGAAAAAAGAACGUUUAUCCACAUUCUUUCUCACCUUGUUUGUGCGAUACGAACAGUCAAGUUUUAAAUUGUCGACCGUUGUUCUGCGUAUCUGUCUCAAUUGCACAAAUUCUCCCUCUCCAACAAACAUGGACGAAUAUGCAGAUGUAGUCUAACACAGUUACCAGGACGAUAAACAGCCUUAUAAUUAAGUUACUUCUAUCAUUUCUCUUUACGAUAAUUACAUUUAUUUACUUCAGUUACUUACACUAUGCCAGCGAAUGCAUCGUAAGCUGUGCUAAGUCGCAGUUAUGGCUUUUAAACCAGGACAGUAGUUAAAUAUUUUCACCUAAGAAAUUCACACAACGUACGCUUUUUUCUCACAGAACGCCGGAUGGUUUGAGCAAUACACAUGGGCCCUUUUCAAGGCAAUGUCCCACAUGCUCUCAAUAGGUUACGGCCGGUUCCCACCGACGAGCGCAAGCGAAGCCUGGAUAACCAUCAUCAGCAUGAUGACGGGAUCCACUUGUUACGCUCUCUUUGUUGGCCAUGCAGCCGCACUCAUUCAAUCCUUCGACUGCUCCAAAAAGAUGUACCGUGAAAAGGUGAGAUCUUGGCCUCUCAAGCAAUCAUUUCGCAUUGUAAUUUUUGCCUACCCUCGCGCCACUGGGCAUCACUAAGUAUUCAUAUUCGAUUUUUGAAGAACUUUUUGAUUUUGCAGGAUUUUUUGAUGCCGGCAGGUUAUUUGUUUGGUUCAGUUCAGGUGGGUUUGUUUAUGCCGUUCGCACCGUUGUCGUCUCAAUCCAGUCGUGCGGAAAAUUUUAUUAGUUUGUUUGUAGAAGAGACUUGGUAGGUGGUUUGGAACUUUGAAAAUCAGCAAAUCACCUUUGCCUUUUCAGUGAUAUAUUAGUGGUUUUCUUCUAGUAAUAAACUAGCAAAAGUGAAAUUUGGACAUCUCUUGGGAAAUCUAGUGCAUUUCAUCGGUAUUUCAUCAGUAGGAUCCGUGUCUCAUUUGACCUUAGUGGAAACUCCGAAAUAAACUUUCCGCUGGACUAAAAAUACAUAGACGGGGUUUAAGGAAUGAACGCCGUGUGGCGAAACUUCAUAACAGUUAAUUCACUUGAGGAUUCUGCUUUUAAAAUCAUUUCUUUCAGGUCGAGUUCAAAUAAUAAAUUUCAGUAAAAGUGGCUACUUAAAUCGCGCGGGUGCUUCUCAUUAAACUUUGGAUGAACUUACGGAUUCUAAUGUAAUUUUUAAAAGGCAUGCAUUAAAAUAUUCCUUUUCACUAAUUUGACAAAACGGUGCAUUCCAUUACAGUUUCCAUAAAGAAGGAGUUGUAUUCUCAGUUCAAAAAUAAGCAAAAAUUCUUUUGUUGGUGUUCGUUGCGAAAUAUGCAUGGUCGGUAAGCUUUGCAUAAGUUUGCAAACUAUGCACUGUAGUUUCUAACAGCGAAGAGUAAUGAGGAAUUUUUCCUAAAAGGAGGGUCGCAGCUGGUAGUUCUCGAAUGCUAGACGUGAGUAGAAAGUCUGUCAGAUCUAUGAGGCAACAGGAAUUAAAAGAAAAAGUAGAGGAACAUGACAGUUCCGAUCAGGCACUUAAAUAAAAAACCUGGCAAACACUUCCGUACAUUAAAAACUUGUUUGAGCUCGUUGAAAGACACCACAGGAAAACAUCAAAUACAAGUGGCGCAAAAAUGGAUGACCACAUCAUGCAACCAGCUUGUAUGCCAUAAGGAGAAGGUUCGCUAUUUAGACAGGAAAGAGGUCAUCUAAAAGAUUUCUGCGAUGCGGUGUACUGCGACCAAACUGGAAAGUCGGUCUCUACAUGCACACCCGAACAUUAACUGGCCGUGAAGAGGCAAGACCAUCCUGCUUCAAGUUGUCACUCAUAGACUGUAAGCUGAUCACAAAGUUUCUUGGGAAAAAGCUUUCAGUCGUGGUGCUUGUCUGUCUAAAAAAGCCGAGAAUUUUCGAAAGCUAUAUAUACCAAUGAACCAUGAACUAACCCGCGCAUUGAAACAAGCAUCGUGUACAAUAAUCUCAAGACGAAGAAAGAGGUCACAGCCAUUCAGCACGAGAUUUCGAUCCAGGUCAUGAAAUAUUGGUAGAAAUAAUAGGGCAGUAAAGAUUUUUUGAGAUUUUUGCAAAUUUUGAUCGUUUAGCACAUUUGUCACAGGCUCGAAGACGUCUUCGGGAACCAGUGUUGAAAUUUGCGGAAUAGAUUUUGUCAACUUUCCCAAAAGACUUAAUUUUUUCAUGUUUAUAUGUUUGAAGAUAGUAGAUUCUUUGGAAAAGUAUAGACUUUCUUAAUAAAUUUUUGACGUCGGUUCUUCGGUCAUCGUCGCACUAAAGUAAGUGAACAAAAAGAGGUCAAAAUUUCAAACGCGCCCAAAAAAUCACUAACCUUCCAGCGUCUCUGUCAACAAGCGUCCGUCGCAUAUGGUAUUGUAGAUCGAUUGUUUCCCGCCCUUUCCACUUGUCAGCGAGAAAUUUUAGGCAGGAAAAGCACCGACUAUGCGAGUUUUGUUCCAGGCAAAUGUAUGCUCAGUAUCUAAUGCGUGCAUAGCCAUUUGAGAUAGGUGGUCUUACCUCUUAACACUUAACUGAUGUUCGUGAUGCGUGUGGAGGUACACCUCCCAGUUUUGCCAUGAUACGCACCAUUGCAUGCCUCUCAUGGGAUCUUAAAGUCCACUUCUUACUUCUGCACACGCCUUCAUGAACAUCAGUUAACUGGAGCCAUGGCUUUUAGCUCCGAUACGCACAUAUUUAUGUAUAUCUCGAUACGAUGUGGUUUAAACACAAUACUGUUGGGGUUGGGGUUAGGGGUUAUGGUUAGGAGGUCAGGAGUUAUAUAUCUCUUUCAUCAUCUCCAAAAGAAGACGAGGAAGAAAAAGAGGGGAUUUUAUGGACCACACUCUAUUGGUGCUGAUGACUUGGAAAGUUCCUCGUUUCAAUCAUCUGAGUGAUGGGGUGUCUGUUUCUGCUAGCCUAGAGUUGUUCUGUUUCGCCGCCCGUCUCGUGUUACAGGCAUGACUGACGCACAGGCUUCGACUUGCCUUCCGGCCGGGGAUUGGCCUACCAGGCGUUACGUACAAGGCUCCAGUCCGUCCGGACGGGGCCGACAGCACUCGCGUACGGGUCGCGGCUCCUCCAACAGUUGUCACCUUCCCCACAGGGGGUAAAGAGCCCGUCGGAGGUCACACGACCAACAUGAGACAUCGAACCACUGACACGUUCAAGCAGUCGAACGGGAUUCGCAAAUGCAACGGCAGCUGGUCAGCCCAUCCGAUUAUGGGGGGAGGACCCACGGGCACGACAGCCGGGCAGGGGGUAGGGGUCCUACGAGUGCGCCAGCGGUUGCCCACAGAGGAAAUCCUCAGCUAGAAGACAGGUCAGAGUUCGUGCCUAUAACACGAGACAGGCGGCGAAACAGAACAACUCUAGGCUAUCAGGAACAGACACCCCACCACUCUGAUGAUGGAAACGAGGAAGUUUCCAAAUCGUCAGCGCCAAUAGAGUUUGGUCCAUGAAAUCCCCCCUUUUUCUUCUUCGUCUUCUUUUGGGAUGAUGAAGGAGAUAUACAUAAAUAUGUGUAUCACGUUCAUCAUCUCCCGAAGAAACCGAAGAAGAGAGGGCGAAUUCAUAGACCCAAUGGACCAUGAAUUCGUUCCCUCUUCUUCUUCGUUUUCUUCUGGAGAUGAUGAACGCGAUCUAAUGUCUGAACCUCGAAUCUUUAUGCAUAUCAAUAAAUAUGCUUGCAUCGGAGCUAGAAACCACAGCACCAAUCAGAAGAUGGAAAUAAUAAAGCCUCUGAACGCCUGCACAAUCACGUUUUGGUCUAUAAAUACAUCUUCUUUUCUUUGUCAUCAUCGUGGAAUUGUGAAGGUGAUACACAUGCAAGUAGACCAGAGUUGGUAUGCAUUAAGAGCCGAUAUUGUGAAAAAAGGAAGACAUUCUUCAGAAAAUGCGAGCUGCACUCGUGAAUUUUCGAGCUGGUGACACCAACCCGUCAUAAGACGAAGUGAAAACGAGGGAAAAAGUUAGAUGCUCAUACAAGACAAGUUGACGCGACAGGAUAGACACGGUGUCAUGGUAAGUUCUGGGGGAGGGGAGGAGGGGAGAGGAGGCGGGACACUUAGCAGUUCCUUGUGUUAAAGGGGGAGGGCGGAUGAUGAAUUAGUUGGACUUGGGCAGCUGAAUCAGUGGUCAUUGAUGCGGGAUUAGGGCAGGGGUUAGCAAGUCGGGAACGUAGGCCCUCGUAAGGGGCGUCUCGGUCAACAUGGCGGUUGAUACCAUCCACACUAAAGUGUCAAGCCUCGAGACAUUUCCUCGCUCUUUUGCGUUGGCCAUAGUCACGACCUCAGUGCCAUCCCAAAUGGGUCGAGUGCGCGCGCAAGACCGAGGCACAGGGAGUCUCGACGACGGACAGCUAGUUUGUGUUUAUUAGUACGGGUGCCCCGUCGUCGACCCGUAUGACCAACAUGCACGCGGGAGCAACUAGCACACUGGAUGCAACCAAUGACAUUUAUUUGUUGUGCGUUAGGGAUGGCGUCCCUGAUCUGAGAUAGUAGUGUGCGUAGUGGAGAUGCUGGCUUGUGGACAAUGCGAAAACCGAGACGGACGAUUAAUUCGAAGGCUCCCUACAUAUAAGGCGCGCGUAGAAUUUCGUUCCACAAUUUCCCAGUUCGGGGUGGAUCUUGCGGCCGUACCUAAUGACUGAGGCUGUGACGCGCCUGACCGCUAAUCCAGCCGCCCAAUUCCAACUGAUUCGACAUCCAUCCUCCCUUUUUCAGCACAGGGAGCCGGGAGUGUCCCGUCUUCCCUCUCUGCUCCUCGCCCAUAAACCUACUAUGACAUUGAGACCACCCCGCCCUCACACGCCAACUUUCUGUCUGUCCGGUCACACCAACUACUCUAGUGUGACAAUCUAACUUUCGCUCACGUAUUCCUUUCUUCUGACGACGAGCUGGUGUCGCCCGCUCGAAAAUCUACGAGUGUAGCUCGGUUUUUUCGAAGGACAUCCACUUUUUGCAUAUGUAUACACAUAUACAUGUUGAUGCCAAAGGCGUUCUUUGGGACAAGGAACCGUAUUGCGUACAUUUUCGGCGCUGCUUCCCCAGGUCGUCGUCAGAUGCAGACUGAGAGCAAAUGUGCCGACAACAGUUAACAUCUAGCAGUGCACUUUAAAAUCGAUAACUGUUGACGCUUACGCCCGUGAGCGGCCGCUAUCUGUGCCAUUCUGUCCCGAUUGGCUGUCGUCUCCUUGAAACUUUUGUACGCGGCGUCCAAACUCGUUAUGUCGGUUGAUGCACGAUUCAUCCGCAUGCAUGGCCUUGAGGAAUUCUCGACUUUUCUUGAAAGGGCAGACACCGACAAUUCGAGUUCUGUGUACAUAUAUGUCGACUAAAGGAGGUAGUGCGCAUUCCGAGAUGAUAUAAUGAAAGAAGACGACUUGUCCGGAAACCGAGUUGUACUUCUGAUUUGUCAAGCCGUUUAUACUAACUCAAUGUUAGACGAAAUGAGCGGUUACAGGUAGAGCCCUUGAUGGCCCUAUUAAUGUAUAAUAAAUUGGUAACAAUCGGGAGAUGGCACCCAAAAAAUCCGUUACCUAGAAAUGCUACAUUUAAAAGUGAACUCAAAUGCCUUCGGUUUAUAUCAGCGGUUGCAGGUCCACUUUCACGCACUUUUUGGACUUUCCGCGACGGCCUAACAUGGGCUGGCCGAACGAACAUCGCAGGAGGUUACAUGGACGAUGGUCGCUGUUACUCAACCUUCCCCAUCGUUAUACACGUACACCAGAAUAUUCGGCAUACAUUCGCAUUAUAGCAGUUUAUCACAAAACAGCAUCACUUUUAACUAGGAUAAGUCUGCACAACACGGGACAGGAACAGUUCCCAGGCAUCUGUCAAAGGCAGGACAUUAAGGCCAAACCAAAGAAGAUACUGUAAUUCGUCUAUUUGAGUCCACACAGCUUGACCACAUGCAGGGCCUCCCUCGUGGCGUUUCCUUUUCAGUCUACUCCAGUACGCCUCAGUGGCAUUGGUGUGCCGUCCGAUGGUAGGGUCCUUGAAGUUCUUUGAGUGGUUAACAGACGAAUGUAGAUAACCUUCUGAGGGAAGACGAUUGUACAUCUUCCACUCGUCCGUUAUCACUAUACUGUCUUUCUCGACCCAUUUUAUAAUGACGGAACGGAGAGUGGUUCAACUUCGAUCGUACACCUGUUCAAAUAAGGCUUUCCGUCGGCUAAUAUCGUACAUCACGACCAGCUAACACCCAUUAAACCCCUAUUACUACCUGUCCCGUAAGACAGGCCGCUUUGGUUAGGCUGAUUUUUUGGGUGCCAUCUCCUGAUUUUUAAUAAUAAAUUUGCAUAUUUACACUGCGAAUAGAAGUGCAAAUAUUUAAAUGUGGUCUCUCCAUAUUAAAAAAUAAUUUUUAAAAAAUUAACGUCGGCCUUUACUGUGACUCUCUUCGGAAGGCGUGUGGAUCACAAAGUGUUUUUCAAAGCUGCCUGUGUUCUGUACGACGGUUUUUGCCAAAAAUUACACGAUGAAGUUGUCUUCCGAUCGUGUGGAGUGGGAUAAACGAACUAGAACGUUCGGGGACACAGAAUUUGCAUCGAUAGACAGAAAGCAGAGUGUGGAGCUGAAAAGCUUGUUAAGAUAGAUGCCGGAAUUUAUUCAGUUUUGUUUAGUUGUGUUAAUAAGGCGCCGAAUCACAGAGACACCGCAGGCGCUGGGAUUUCGCGAAACUUGUUGCCGCAACACAAACAGCACCAGCCACCGUUUUGACCUGGAUACACACACCACGAUCGUUUGUGUUCACGGUUCACUGACUUGUGCCCUCUCCAAAACAACAGCUGCUAGUCUAGGCAUGGUAAUGAUGAAUCCCACCGAUUCGGCACCUCUGCAUCCAAUUUAACACGUUUUCAAACCCCCACACGCGUUUCUGUCGGUUGAUGCGAUCUCUGCGUCCAUCAACGCACCAGUAUAAUAAUGUACCUGCAGGUUAGUCAUUUCGUCCAAAGGCGGGUUGGUACGUACGACUAACAUGAAAUUUCACGAACAGAACUCGAUUUUCCGCAGUUAUUCUUUCUUAAAUUUAUUUGGUCAUCAUACAAUUACGCUCUAAGUCCAUACAGGCAGACGCCAUGGCUUUAACUGGCAGUAUGGAAAUGCAUAUUUUGAUAAAUGUGUCAGACUGGCCAAUUUCUUGAUAAAAAUCGCUUUUGCCUUCCCGUUGAGAACUAAAAAGUACGUAGUAUUUACGCAGACGCUUGGCGCCAAGGCACAAGCCUCUUUUACUAAAUCAUCCGUCAAAAGCCAUUUGUGCAUCGCUUGCUGUGUUUAAAAAAAACACUUAUAUUUUGCAUAUCGCUUGAUGAAUCUUAAAGUGGAGAUAAGCCCCACUGGCUAAACAGGGGUUGAUAGAAAGCACUUUUAACAGCGGAGAGUAUUUUGCCCAUGUGUCUGUCUCAAAGGCUGACAAACAAAUUCUAAAUUUGAGCAGUGUAGGCUGAAAAACACGAUUAUGGUCACGGGGAGCUUUAUGUCUGGAGAAAUUCAGGAGCGAAAGAAGUGACUCUGCUCAUUGGACACCAACUCAAACGUGAGCCGAUAGCCUACAAAACCGAAAAUGGGCGUAGUAACGGGCAAAGAAAAAAAAUUCCAAUCAGAAUAUGCCAACAGAGGGACAGUGAUAACGCCUUUAUGUGAUUUUUGCGCAAACGUUUUGCUAGAUACUAAACUAAAUUUUGAAUAUGAGGAUUCUAUUUCAUGGAAGCACAGCCUGGGGCAUCAUUACCCAGGGGAUAUUACUUUAGUCAGCACCGGGCUGUUGGUAAAAACAUUAAAUUUUGUAAUAUAUCAGUUUAAACCAGAAGACAGCAGACUAUCGAAGAGAUUAGCAGAAAUAAUCCAGCUUGGUCGUCUUCAUCAGUUAAAUUGUGAUCUAAAUGUGAACGGAUAAAAAGUGAUGUGCAGUGAUUUUCGCUAGACGAAACUUGGGGAAAUGGCGGUUCACAUAGUAAGAAACGACUGGAAAUAUAAAACAGUCAUACGAAUUUUCUGUACGCACCCCAAAUUUGGCGUAAACUGACGCAUCAUGUCUGCCGAUUUACUAGUAGUGCGGCCAUUCCCCACGCCUGUCAACUGACCGACUCGAGCAGUGGCUGGAGGCAUGGAAUGGGAAGAGAGAGUAAUGUCGACGGCUCAGCGCAUUUUCCUCACUACAAAAAAUCUGACGCGCUUGAAGCCACCACAAUGUGCUAAAAGCUUGUGGCUUGGAAGGUUGCCAAUUGACAGAAAAACUUGGAUCUCGCAGUCGACGCAGUGUUGGGGGUUUAUAUGGAGCGGCCGACUAGUGGUCUAAGAAUCGGGUAGCAAUGGCUCCUCUUUAAUGUGGCCUUUAUGGCACUCCUUCUCCGAGGGACCCUAGCCGGUUGUGACAGCACGGCUAGAUGCAGCUUUGGCUGCGCCAAUCCCCGCUUUGUUGUUGUUAAUCAAAAUCCCAGUAAUAUGUUCUUUGUGGACCAGCUGAUGUGGAGUGGAGCGCCAAGGUGCGGGCUCGACCGUGCACAUCCACCUGUGCUCUCCGCGUCUCCGGUCUUCUCGACUUGGUCUUGACACCGGGUACAGAUAGGGUAGGGUGAGAGAGUGCGGUAGAUGCUGCGCAAGUCUACAUUCACUAUAGACUGACUUACGCGCUAGUCACCAUGCCGUGGAGGACACGACGGACAUCAUCGGAAACGACAGUCGAACUGUCGGUGCGGCAGAAUCCUCUGGAAACAAGCCUGGUUCUCGAAAGUCUUGCGAGCAGACUGCUGGGCGAAGGGUGAAAAUUUAGCAAUAAAGUGAACUUUGUAGGCUAAAAGUCCUUGCAGAAAAGUGCCCAGUUAUAUUCACAAUGAGAUAUUCAGUGCAAAAACGCUGCCCCGUUGUUAUACUGAUAAUCAUUAAGUCCUAGUGUUUAACUUCAGUAUGUAUGGCAAAGCUAUACUCUGGCGACUAGAAAUCAAGAUCUGAAUGAUUCGAAUCGUGAAGAGAACUGACUGGCUUUAAUGAUCAAGAAAUUCCAAGAUGAGUUGAUUCUGGGCACUGAUAACGGGUCAACCGUCUGCCCCGGUCCCACGAGAAACGUUCCCUUGCAAUGACGCUUAAUCGCGUUCAAGGAAGUUGCCUGAAGUGGAUGAAAAGGGCAUGGCUGAAACAGACAGGAGUAAAUGCAUCGACGUUUCCUGGAUGUAGGCACGAAUAAAUGAGUAUUUUCGUUUAACUUCUUACGACCACUUACACUUCUGUGAUUCUAGCAUAGAAGCAUUAAAUGUGAACGCGCGUCGCGAUAGGCAACCACUCAUACAUUCAAUGUUACCUUCGCUUCAAUGGGAACGUUGAAUAAUUCAGACUGGCAAAAUGACUAUCUCAGUACCCAAGACAAUCAAUGUACUUCGGUCAUCUAGUGUAUGACUUCUGGAGGAAAAAAGGAUGGUGCACUCAGGACAAAUGGUUUACACAUCUACGCCGAUAAUGGAUUGUUAGGUAUUUUAUUUUCAAAACAGAUGACCAAUUCAUGCAAGUUUAUGAGGUCAUAGCCCCUUUCCUAUUAACGUUCUACAUCCAGUCCAGCAAUUCAAAGUUACUUUUCGUAGCUCCUCAAGAGAUUCAUAAUAUCAUCUUUUUAUUGCAUCGGUUAAUGAGGCGAAUUGGCUGGGGUGGGUAUUUACUCAUAUUUUUUCCCAAUAAUUUCCUCGUUCAAACUGUACAAAUGCAAUGGGGCUAUUUUUCAGAAUAGUAGGUACCGUCAUUCUCACGGCAAUUCGCACCUGUGCUUUAAACUGGUGUAGGUCCUGGAUUCAUGGUGCAAAGCCUACUCAUUUUUUCAAAAGACUGUUCGACAAAAACAACUUUAGACCGACGCACAGUGUCCCCAUUUUCUGUCAGUUCAGAGGGGGGAAAAUACCUUUUCUACUAUUCGCUCCCGCAGAUUUAAAUGCCAAGCAUUAUUGUAAGGCGGCCUAAAAUUCAGUCCGUACAUGAAUUCUGCAGAAGCAGCUUGAUAACCUACUGUCACAUUUCCUGAGACUAUAUCGGAAAUUUUGAAUAUUGGGAUUUGCUUGUUUAAAUGAUGUACGAUUGAUGUUUUAAAGUAAUAUGCAGCUCUUAUCCCACUGGUUGCAUCGCCUCAUAUUUUUCCUUCUUUAUGGCGUAACACGAGCACAUGAAACAAAAAGAGAAACGAAGACCAACCCCUUAAAUAUCGUCCAAAAUAUCCGAAUAAAACCGUAAGUAAUACCGCGAUAUUGGUGAAAACUGAGACCACGUAGUUCUGUAUCCAGACGCACUUAGAGGUAGCCUUAAAUGGAAUAAAAUUGUUGGCAUUUUAGAAGGAUCGGUUACUCGUUUUUCAAAAAAUAGAACGGAUAGUCUAACUUUAGAUAAAGCAUACUUUCGAGCUAUUGCUUCACAUGUGUAUAUUUACUUUGAAGCAAUUUGUCCGCCUAUGCCGACUGUCUAUAGAUAAUUCCUGCUCAUAUGGAUGUGCGCAUUUUCCAUAAAAGACGCUGGCAGGUCAAUCGUAAUUCGCUGUCAAAUGUCUUUAAAUAAGGCAUAAGACAUCAUUAAGUUACUAAAUGACUGGUCAUUUAGGACCUUCUGGUUUCAAUGGGGAUAGUACCAAAGAACGUAAUGGAAACUGGAAUUUUUCCGCAGUCAACCAGUGUAGGUAUGUCGCCCAAUUAGAAAAUUUGAAGGUUCGAUCAUUGGUUCAGUUUUGUCUUAGAACUACAACAAUACUUAACUACAAAACCGUAAUGAUUUUUCCAGGAAAGUCAUGCUUCUCUUUUACAUGUAUAAGGUACUCUUAAUUUACUGUCCUGCUAUGUUAGCUUCAUUUUAAUGCAAGACGAAAUCGUGUCUCAAUUAGGAACUAGCCUACACAUGGACUAGGCUGCAUGUGGCUCAGCCAGACUUGUUUAACUAAUUUGUAAAUUUCCACGUCUUCAGUUAAGUGCCAUCCUUUAGGUUGCCUUUGAACGUAAAUAUUUCAGUCGUUUUAUGCAUAAUUUGCAAAGUAUUUUAUGGAGAGUAUAACAAAUGUUAUCCUUCUUACUAUUUUUUCUGCUAGACCCAGAUUAUUUGCUUAACCCUAUAGGCCCUGAAAUUGAUAUAUUUCCUACAUCAGAACUAGAGAUUGAUCAAAAGAAAGAGGCGCUGUCUAAAGUCACACUGCACACCGCAUUAGUGGGGACGUCAUUUACCCAUUGUUUGGGUAAUGCGAACUCCAGCAUGUAUACUCUUUUCAUUCUUGUAGUCAUCUAGGGAGAAUCAUAAUGCAGUGUAUGAGAAUACUGAAACAGUUUGAGUUCUGUGAUUACAUUCCCUUAUCUAACUUCGCACCAAUUUAGUCUGUUAAAUGAGAAAUGAAAAGCAGAUCCGGUCUAUUUAUCUAGUCCAUGUGAGGUCAGGUAAGGGAUUAACCUUGUCAAAGAUGACUACUUAAUAGACAGCAGGUGGAUUUAGGGUCGCGAGGUUGAUUAAAGAUUAACUAUCUGCAGCCCACAUGUUUUUGCGGUUUGUGGGCUUACUCAUCCUUACCCCGAAAGUUUCCAUCACAAAUAGGUGUUUAAAAGUCAUACUGAGUGAACGGGGAGGCGCUUUUCAUAAUUAACGUAGGAUUAAUAGCCUGAAGACGUACCGCACACUGUUAAAUACUGCAUUUGAUUUAGUUAAGAGUUCUCAAAGAAUCUUUUGUUUUUUUAAAUAUCAACCGUUUGGGGGAUUCUGUGUCAGAUCGGUUGUUUUUCAUACAACAACCGGGACAGAAAGCUUAAUUAGAACGCCUCACUGCUACCUCAAGCUCCAACAUGCACUUUUUAAUCACGUGCUCUACCGGCAGUGGAUAUUAAGGGGUAAUUAAGAUUUGUUAUGGGGUAACGGGCAAGAUAUCUUCAAAUGUGUUAAGCCGCAUGAUUUGCCAGCAGACUAUGUCAAUUUUUCAAGGUCAAAUCAAUAACUGCAGGCACCGGGGUAUCAGUCUUCACCAAGAUCUCCCACCCGCAUACAAUAGGUGGCUGGCUCAUUGUGUGCAUCCAACACAAAUAGACGGAAAAGGGCCGGCCCUCGUCUAAUCGCUAAUUGUCAAACUUGAGUAUGUGACUGGCGUUCGACAUCAAACUGUUACUUUCUCAUCCCUUCAUUCUUCCCCUUCUAAUUUGGGUCCUUCAGUUAUCAAUACUCAUUUACGCGCAUAUUUGCAUGCUGUGGUUAACUGACAAAAUUACUUUACAUACGGUAGGUUUGUGUUUGCAUUUUUGACUGGCGUUAGUGCCUUUCAAAUGGGCCAUGUGGUAGAUGCGUGGGACCAACACUGGGGCCAUAUCGGAUCCUAGAAGACGUCGUCGGGUGCGGUGGCAGAACCCGUUGACGCCGUACGUCGCGCACAUUGGGACCCCUUGCGACUCUCCCAAUUUUUGUUGUUGGUUUCUUUCAAUAAAUUCUCCCAGUCCAGUACUAUUAUUUGGUAGCAGGGUGCAGUCAAACAUGUCAGUAAUUGGAAACUCGGCAAAAGUUUAAUUUUGAACACAGGCGGGAUGAGAGCGGAAGGGCGCGGAGAGUUGCAUGGGGUUAGUCAACCUUUGACCACGGUCAGCGUGGAGCCUGAACGUGGGGUCGCUUUUCGUAACCUGAUUGCGGUCUCUUCUGUUGUUGCCAACAGACGCUGGCCCAGUAGUUUAGGUUGCCACAUCGGACCGCCUCAGUGUACAUCUAUUCCCUCACUUUCUCCUGCGGUGGAUUAACCACACGCACUUCUCCGCGUCGUUUCGCUUUCGCUCCGUCUGUGUUUUAAAAAUAACUUUUAUCGAUUUUCCAAUUACUGACAUGUUUGACUGUACCCCGUUUCCAUAUGGCUGUACUGCCCUGAGGUGAAUUUAUCAAAAGCAACCUAUGUCCGCCAACGCGUUUUCAGAAUUUCAAAGCUAUAUUCUUACCUUUCUUUUCAUAGUGCGGAAAAACGUUUCUAUUAUGCGUGUGAACCAAGCAUCUCGCCUAUCAGAGACUAGGCGUUUUGUAGCCCGAAUAUUGAUAUAAAAGUUAUGGAAAUCAGAUAGUAUCCGUUGGUCUUCUGUGUAGGUAUCAUUCCAGUGGUAUUUACAGUCCGUUUGAAGGGGUCGAAAAUGUUUUCCUUCAUAAGGUUUUAACUGAAAUGUAACUUCCGGAACGGGUAUUACCUGAAAUCAGACGUCCGGUUUCUACCGACCCACCAUGCAUUGAGGUCAAAAAUUUGUUGAUAAAAUGUGUUAUUCUAAUGUAGAAAUAAGCAGCGCGAAGCGACGCAUUUUAAGUUAUCAGUUGCACAAUGCCCGUAAGGAAGGAAGAGUUAUUGUUUUUUUUACACGUAUGAAUGUAACCUCUGUUGAUUGGUUUUUUCAGUUCAAGCAAGUCGAGGAGUACAUGGCUUUCCGUAAGCUUCCCCGCGUUCUGCGACAGAAGAUUGCCAACUACUAUGAACAUCGAUACCAGGGCAAAAUGUUUAACGAGAUGGUCAUUUUGGACGAACUGUCGGAGUGUCUACGAGAGGUAAGUAAAUAUUCCUCUUCUCGUCACGACUAUCAAACCCUUGCAUUUCACAAUGCUGCUUAUCGUGCCAUCCAUCCAAAACACAUGUACAUCCGAGGUAAACGGCCCUCAUGGACUCUGUUUAUGGCAAACAUGAUGAAACUAACUUGAUGUUCGUUUUAUUUGGCCAGCAUACAGGCCCUUGCAUCGCCUUUCAACAAAAAGGGCGGCAUUUGUUUUUUGAAACUGACAUAUACAACUUCUUCCGCUUCCCAUCUUAGCAACAACUGAAAGCAUAAUCAGUCGAAGCGUGCGCCAGCGGACAGGUGUUAUACUGAUAGGCAAUAAAAGAGUAAUGCUAGUAGAUACAUUAAACAUUAAAGAGUAUAUUUAGGACAGCAAAAUGUUUGGAAAAAGCGCCGCUUUCUUAUGCGGCUGGUCAUUGUUAUCACGAUAGUUUAAGCGUUCACUAGCUCUGAGGAAACUCCGACCGUAAUACGUGCUAAUUGCAAACUCUAGAGGGUUUUACGCCCUACAGUUUUGUUUGAUUAUCGUUUUAUGUGCACUAAUUAUGCCUUAUCUCGGAGGACUGUAUGCGGGCUUACCGUGCAUUAUCAUCAAUCUCUAAACUCUGAGGAAAGAGUAUACCCUGGAGAGGACCACUUUCAUUUUCCUAAAAUCGCAUUGCUUGGAACUCAAAAGAUCCGUUAAAAACGACUGUGGUCAUUGGAGCCAUUAGCUUUUAUGGUAUGCAGUGCUUUAUGAGACAUCCUCAGGUACUACUAUCCUUUUUUGAAUCUAGGAUAAGCUGGCGUUCUGUGACCUUCUCCUGAGGACCAAUCAAUUCUAA